AGAGAAGGAAAACAGGGGAACAUGUAUGUUCCCCUUCAAGUUGGCGUUUUCUUCCUACUGCUGUUUUUCUUAAAGGUUGCCUCCUUCGCCUGCAUUGAUGGUAUGUGUUCGAAUUUCGUUUUACAAGUUUUUUUCUUUCUUUUUCCGUGGGUGGGGAAGAGUUUUAAUUCGUUUUAGUGUAGCCGCAUCACGAGUUCCCCGUCGAGAAGAUGUUCUUCAGCGGAACUAUGAAAAUUUUGCGAGUCUACUUGAAAAGUUAAGAAAUAAAUAUUUGGACUUGCAAUAUCUGGACAUCUUCCAUUCAAAUGCUACGUACGUGAAGGGUUUGCAAGAAAGGUAUCAAAAAUUGCAAAAAAAAAACAUUUCAAAGUAGAGAGGGUCAUUCACUAAAAUGCUGUCAUAUUAUAUUGCAUUCAUUGUUCGAGCCAAAAAUGUGUAUCCUUGAAGGAAUUCUAAGCGUUGCGUAGAAACCCCUGCCCCAGGCGCAUGCGAGAACUGUAACAGGAGCUUUAUCAACAAGCCCAUAUCAAAUUUCUGUCCAUUCACUGUUAAAUACAGUAUGUUGAAAGAGCUAAAGGGUUAAAUUGUAACUAAAGAACGCACUGCGAUUCUCAGAAGCUGUUCGUUUAUCUCUCGUCCGCAUUUUGAGAAAAUUUUUAGUGACGGUCAGUCACUGUGGUUACGAAAUAUGACGUCAUAAGUAGCAGGGGGUCAAGUCAUUUUUGAGUAAAAAUGAAUGUCUUUGCUACUCCUUUCAACGAUAAAAGUAAAACUUGUGGUUGAAACGAUGCAAAAUGCUUAUUAUGUGUUAUUUUACUCGUCAAGCACAAAAAAAUACCAUUUAUCGCGGUUUCACCAUGUUCUAAUAUAAGUGAAAACUCGGGGAAACAUUUUAUUCUGUAGGGAAGACGGGUAAGGGAAACUGACAAGAUAAACAAACUCUUGAUGCUGCCAAAACAAUAAAAAAGCAAUGAGCCCAUUAACACAGGGAUAUUGAAACUUUGCAACAGCUACCCGUAAAUGGGAAAGUAUUGUUUUUAUUGGUUGAAUACCGAAAGCUGUCAUGACAUAGUUUUCUAUUGGAAGCCGUGAGAGGAAAAUUAAUAGGCUCAUCCCGCUCUCAAUAUUGUUUCCGUUUAUGGCGCACGUUUUUCGUUUCCAAACCACUGAGGUAAGCUGGUAGCGAUAAUGCCGUGAAUGGAUGUUUGUCUCCAUCUUUGUGCCUUUGGUCUGUCGCUGUUUUUUAUUUCCAGUUGCCUUUGGUUGCAUUGAUGGUAAGCAUUUUACAUCAUAUUCAAAUUUAGUUUAACAACCUCCUUUAGUUAAGUUAACGUGCCUUGAAGGCACACGAUGGUCGGUUCCUAGGGCUUUUCCUCCCGCAACUUCCUAAAUUCAAUUUUUGGUUCACAGAUGAGUAUUUUAUAUUCCAAAUGAAGCAAGACAUUAAAAAAUCUUAAUUAGAGUAAAAUUUUCUUUAAAUUUUUACCAUUGUAAAGGUAUUUUCUUUCCUCAAUUUUUGUUCGAAUGCCAAAUUUGGACAUUAUUUAUGAUGUUACAACAGAAGUCACAUGUGAUGAAAGAAAAACGAAUAAACAGGUAAUUUAUCAAACUACUUCCCUGCCAAGUUUCUUCACAUUCGAUGGAUUCUACUUCUGUCUAUUGCCUAAAACUCUCAGUUUUGAGAGGUAUUUGGACGGAAAAGCCCUAGCAACCGACCACCGUGGCAACUCAAUUCAACAUCCAAAAGUGGAAUUAACAACUCAAAUAUAUAUUAGUAAUAGUUGACACUACAGCUGCCCCCGCUCUGUAUAUUGUACGUCGAUCAAUAGCAUUCAAGCUCGUUGUGUAGCUGUUUGAAAUAUACCGAUUCGUAAUGAAGAUUUUCACACAUAUUCCAUACAAUAGGUGAGAUAAAUACAGGAAAUGCACAGGUUCCAUGCACAGUUCAGGUCGAUUUACACGCAAGGGCACCCAACGUGAAUAUAGUUCUAAACCACUUAAACAUAGCAUUGUUUAACGUCUUUUAAUAUUUAAACGGUAGAUAUAGGCAUAUUUUUAUCUCCUAAAAUUUUUCAUCUCUUCGGAUUUCCUAGCUGAAAGUCUGGUGAUUCGAAAAUUAUAGGGAUUAAAACUUACCUUUUCAAAAAUUUCAGCCAGAAAAAAGGUUUCCGAAAAUUCUAGGUGACUUUUUUGGGGGAAAAAAUACGUUAAAAAUAGGCAAUUAUACCAUUUUUUAGAUGUUCGAAAAUCCUAGGAGAGGCAGGCAAGCAAGAAAUUUUACAACAAAUGUUCCGAAAAUUAUAGAUCGCAAAUCGUCUUCCGAACAGAUAUUUUCUGAAAAUUGACGUUGGGUGCCCCUGUUACACAGCUUUGAUCAAGUUGAAUUUGAAUUUCAGGUUGAAUUUUUCGCUAUUCAUCUUUCACUUUUUACAUUCAGUUCAUUUUAUUUGCCGGAAAGUAAGCCCUAGUAAUUAAAGGGACGCGCGUUUGAGCAAUUCACGCUCGCGCAUUCUAGUCUUAUUUUAAACUUUAUAGCAGAAGGACAUCUGUUAGCAGGGAAUAAGUCAGCACAGAAUUUGAUUGUCGGCGAAUUUCUGUAAUCGUCCAUCGUUCUGCCAUGGUUCUGCUAGUGAUAAGCUAGCCGUUGUUCACUCGUCUUGCUUGUUUGAGGCUGAGUAUUAUUCCGGUCAAAGAGAGAGAAAGAGUGCCUGGCAAGGUUUCCAAUCAAAGAUUUGUGAACUCUUUUCUGACAAACUCUCCAAGUGUUUAUAUAUACACACUUAUAGGCACCUUAUAACUUUAUCUGCGCUUAACGAGUGUCUUUUGGUCCAUAACUUUCAAAAGAACUGCUCAACAGAAUGUCACUGAUGACACGUAACGCAAAAGAGUAUCGAAGUAUGACUGCACAAUUAAUGUCACAAAAUCUACGUUAGCGGUCCCUUCUGGAUUUUCUCUCUUUACUUCCUAAUCAUUUCGUACUUGCGGGCCCAAACAAUAGAAACGUCAUCAUUACCUACCGAUUCCUCGCGGCCCCUGUUCAAGCAAAUCGAGAUUUUUUCUGGCAUACUGACUGUAUAUUUCAACUGUAAGUACUUUCCUUCAUGUACGCUCGAAUUACUAGUCUAAGAGUGCCUCCUCGGGAUUUCGCCUUCUGGGCGAAAUUCCUGCGGGGGAAUUAAAUAUUCUUGAGGAAGUGGAAUAAAUUUCUGACACUUUGUGUUCCACUACUCCAAAAUUUGUAGUAGAAACAAAAAAUAAAUAUUUAUACAUAAAAACCGGAAAAGAAAAAAAAACCUAACGAUACUUCGAUUCAAGCUGCAAGCUGUGAAACGCUCGAGCUCAAAAUGAGAUUGACGGGGUAAACAUUUAAGGUUAACACAGAGCGACUUUUUAAUUCCGUUUUUGUCCUUUUUUGUUUUUAUUGUCAAAAGUACAGUGAGUGUUUUUAUGUUUAAUUCAAUUUUUUUGUUAAAUGUUUGACGAAUUUUGUCUAAUUCAACCAACCGGUAUAGCCAUGCAAAAUUCUCGUAUAUUUUUUAAUAGUAUAUGUUGUGUAAAGAAUUGCAUAUAAGUGCUUAAAAUAUUGAAUUUCUCAGCUGGUAUUUUUCCAUACAUCUUUAUUCUAAGCCUGUUAGCUCUGAGUUCAAAAUAUUUUACACAAAUACACUGUCUGUUCAUGAUCACGCCGCCAAGAAAAACUAAUAACGUCGCAACAUUUAUUGUGUCUUUGAAGCAAAAUAAUUCGGAGGGCUUUACUACCAAAUGGUUUUUCGAUGAUUCUAAGUUCGCAUACAAGACUAAUAAAUUUUGCGCAAAAUGCCCUAGGCCUGCAUAACUUUGGACAAAAAAACGAACUUCAAUAUCUGAAAAAAAUAUCAGGCUUUGUUAUGUCGGGUAUUCAAAUUUUUUAUGAAGUAAAACAGUUUAGUUCACUGUUUUGGGGGUAACUUUUGCUCAUGCCAUCGAAUUGAUUGAGUUCAAACUCAUGAUUUUUCGCAAACUCCUGGCUUUUUACGGCGCAAGGAAAAAUUUAUAACGCCAGCGAAAUCACUGUGUCUUUCAAGACAAAUAAUUCGGGAGGCUUUAUCGGUGCAUCAUAAAUCUUUUUUUUUUUUUUCUGAGAAGUAGACUUCCUAAGCUUUAAAAAUGGACCAAAUAGAAAUCUGUACGUUGAAUAUUCGCGGACUUAUGGUUUUUCGAGGAUGAGAGGCUUAGGCCGGUUCAGGAAUUCACAGCAGGCAUUUGCCCAAGGAGUUAAAAUCCCGCGGCCAUUUGUCUUCCUUGCGGUUAGGCAUAUGGCAAUCUGCGGUAAAAGAUAGUUAAUUACGUAUCCGGUCACACGCAAUUUGAUGUUGCGUCUGCUAUUUCCAAUUUUUAAAAAUCAGGGGCACCCAAUGGAUCUGUUCCUCAAAAUAUCUGUUCUUCAUGCAAAUUUUUGCUGGCUGGGAGAUGUGGAAGAAAUAAUAGUCCUUGGAAGGAAAGUGUUGCUGGGAAAAAGAUAAUUCAGGGUGUCAGAGGGGAUUUGAAGUCUAGAAUAGCUGCUACGGGUUACUUGUAUGGGUUGCUUACCACUCAAGAUCUGAAUUGUGCCCUAUGAAACUUCCCAGUAAGUCAGGUUGCAGGUUGUAAGGUUGCUGGCUGGGAACUCUUCCAUCAGUCUUGCUGGGAGUGAGGGACAGAUAAUUUUUUUCCAGCAAUCUCCUGAAAAUGCUUAAAAUAGUCUCAGAAAACUUUAUUCACGCUUUGUUGUUGUAUUUAGGUCUUUUUCUCAAAAUUUCCCGUUGGGUGCCCCUGAAAAAUAUUCUCUCUAAAAGUGUUUCUCCGUUUGGAACAGUUAAAACAGAAUCAGAGAACAUUUAGAUCUGUUGACUGUGACUUUAUAAAAAGUGACAGAACAAAGAACACAAGAAAGAUGCUGCGUUACUUAUUGGGGUUUAUUUAUUACAGCAAUACCAUAUUCGGAAAUAUUACCGGGAAAAAUGAAGUAAUCUCGCUCUACUGCGCGCUCAAAUGCCAUGGCGCUCAAGACGAAUUUUUUCUCGUUUAAUUUUCGCUUGUGCAAAUGCUGGCUACCUUGUGAUCUUCACUGAAACAGGUAAAUAAUUACUAUCACGGCCGCAAGGUGAAUAAUUACAAAUCUUUACAUAAAGAAAACGUUUUCUGCUAGAAAUGCGAGCGGACUGUUAUUUCAAAGACGUGGCGCUAUUAAGAUGCUAAUCGAGCUUGAUCUUCGCUGAAGCUUAUUAGAAGUGGUUAUGAGGACCAGCUCAGUCGCUAAUGAAACUGUUAAACAUUACGGGGUUACUAUCACUUCAGCUGAGGGGCUUCGAACAGGACAUUCAUUCACUCCUAGAAAUGUUAAGCUUUGUGUGUUAUAAACCCGAUACAUGUAUUAAAUACAGGGGCACCCAACGGCAAUUUUCGGGAAAUUAUCUGUUCGGAAGACGAUUUGAGAUCUAGAAUUUUCGGAGCAUUUGUUGUAAAAUUUCUUGCUUGCCUGCCUCUCCUAGGAUUUUCGAACAUCUAAAAAAUGGUAUAAUUACCCAUUUUUAACGGAUUUUGACCCUAAAAGAGGCCACCUAGAAUUUUCGGGAGCCUAUUCCUGGCUGAAAUUUUCGAGAAGGUAAGUUUUUAUCCCUAUAAUUUUCGGAUCACUAGACUUUCAGCUAGGAAAUCCGAACAGAUGAAAAGUUUUUAGGGGAUAAAAAUAUGCCUAUAUCUACCGUUUGAAUACUAAAAUACGUUCAACAAUGCUAUGUUAAGUGGUUUUGAACUACAUCCUCGUUGGGUGCCCCUGUAUUAAAUAUAAGCAGGCUGACAAAAAAUCUGGAUUUUUCCUCAGGAAAUAUCUGUAAACUUGAGCAUUAAAUAUAUAGGCAUGUAGCCUGCGAACCGCAGACGCAUUUCCGGCUAAUAGGCAUGCUGAGUGAUAUUUCAACUGAUCCUUAUUUACCUGGGUCUAACAAAUACACUAAAGCAUUAAUUUACCUGUGCUUAACAAAUACGGCAAAUACGCUGAGGUGUCAAUUUGCCUGUGUCUAACAAAUACCUAGGCUCGAUUUCCGCCGUCUCCCGGGUCCGGUCUUGAUCCUCCCUGAAGAUGGGGAAGAGUGCGGGCUCAUUUUCCCGAACAGCGGCUGGUAAUCGAGCCAAAUACCGUAAUUUGCAUAUGUUUAACAAAUACACUGGGGCAAUAAUUUGCCUGUGUCUUACAAAUACACUGGGGCAUUAAUUUACCUGUGUUUAACAAAAUACACUGGCGCAUUUAUUUUCUUGUGUCUAACGAGUAAACAACAAAUUUAUUUAUGUAAUCCUUUACCAGUACAAUGGCAACUAAGAUAAAGGCGUUUUAAAACUGAAAAUUCCGGUGAUGUAUAUUUUUUAACCAAGCCGGCACGAAACCGCCAGCAACGAAAAAUGUAACAGUAAAGAAAGAGCAGCCCUGUCCCAUAGUUUUAUUGUAUUACAUAUCAGGCGUUCAAUAAAACUCGUAUACUCGUAUGAGGAAAAUUUGCCUCUAAAACGUGUCAGGAUUAAUCCGGCUCAUAACACUCUCGUAAGGCUUGUCUUCUUUUUAGUGUGGUUCCUCUUUCAGCUCCUACCGUGAUUUAGGUAAAAAAAAUUUUACCUAAGCAGCGGGGACCCAAAUUCCUGAACCGGCCUAAGCCUGUUGUGAGGCGGCUGGCGGGGGCGGCAUAUGUCUUUAUAGCGGCCGGAUACCCCCCUUAACGCUCGUUCAAAUUUCGACGCUAAAUGCCAAUAUGGCCACUUUGGAUCAAAUAAAGGAGGUACCGGUUUUAUGUGCUCGCGUAUAGGAAAAAUCUUUGCUCGUUGGCACUUAGCGAUAGCUAUAACUAGUUUAUGUAUUAAUAUUUGUCGCAUCGAGUAUUUAGCAAGAAAGAACCUAGUAAAUUAUAUACGCGUUUAAGCCCUCUUUACACCAGAUCCGCUUGUUGGUGAAAUACAAUUUUGCAAGGGAUCCGGAGAAGGGGUGAGAGCAGCCAUAGGACCCCCUUGGGUUUUGUUAUCUCGUUAUAUUAUACAAAAGUUUAUUGGACAAACUUUGACGAUCUCUACAACUUGGCAGAAAACAUUUGACCCAUUGUUUCUGGGGAAUUCCAGUUCAUUUUGCAGCGAAGCAGGAACACCCGUAACUUAAAAGUCCCAUCUUCUAGAUUUCUCAAAGUCAAAAGACAUUAACAUUAACGGGUAAAAGUACUAUUAAAUAAUGACUUCAUUCCACUUCAUUCUUUUUGGUUAAUUCAAAGUUACAAUCUUAUUUUCUAAGCACCCACAAAUAGCAAAAGCUAGUCAUGGUGGAAAGUGUCUAUAUACAAAAUACGCACUCCAUUCACAUUAAAUCACAAGUAAAUAAAAGUAAAUUCAUAUAAAUUUACAAAAGAAAAGAAAGAUAUAAAUUAUGUUAAACAAUACUGAGGUUAACUGGAAUAAAAAAUAUAAAUCAGAAACUUACAAGUACAAUAUUAAGACGAUUGCAAAGAUAAUGAUUGGGGGAGUUACGGACGAUCAAUAGGCCAUUUGCGCUAAGAGGCAUGUGACACCGUUUUUAUGAAAAUGAAAGUUAUAUGAUUUUGGCUUCGAACAACGAUUAGUGGGUCAUAUCUUAAACAAAAUAAUGGUGAUUUGGUUUUUCAAACCCGCACCAUUUUCUUAAAAUGAAUAAGUUCGUAAAUGUGAUUUUUAAAAUUAUGAGUUACCUCUCUCUGAACACAAAUUUUGCACUUAAACUUCAAGGAAAAUGUUGAAAAGAGAUGUGAUAACGUUUGCAGCACAUUUGAGCGUAACUAUGAAACGUUUAACAAGAUAUAAGCAAGAAUUAGUUUUGGCCGCCUUGUUGGAGGGCAAGAGCAUGCCCUCCAACAUGGCGGCCAAUACAAAUAAUACUACUUUGCUGAAAAAUCAAAGUGCCACAAAAUAUCUCCCUUUAAUGCGUUUCCUCUCAAAUUUCAGGUGUAAGAUAAUUUUUGUGUGCUCUAACAAUUUUUGGCAUCAGCAAGAUUCCAACUCAUUGUUUAAAGAAAGCAUUGGUCACGUGACCUCUUAGUGAAGUGGCCUAUUUAUUUCAUUUGUCCUAUAAAGGUAGGUAGAUCAGGAGAGUCGUCUGUCUGUGAUUGGUUUUCAAGUAAGCAAUCAUGUAAAGCCUUCAGCACAGAAUUGGCCCAAAACAGCAAUAUUCUCGAAAUAAAGCCCCUUUAAGGCGGGAAGCGAAUCCCUGAAUGGAAACAUGAACCUCUCUACGUGUACCUGCGGACGUCGUGUUUCGUGGCGCGUUUUCCUUUAAAUCGUUGGUUUUUCAACGAAAAUUGUUAUUGCGGCCGGGGUACCGCUAAUAGCGAGUUGCGCGACCACAACGAAGGCCAUCAUCACGACUUUGAUUUCUUUGGAAAUACCCAUAGAGAGUCAUUAGCAGGGACGGCGGAGCGCAAUUUCAACUGGGGGCUGCCCCUAAAAACUCGCGCCGGAGACGCGCGUUUCUUGGGGGAGGGGGUGGUCUGGGGGAAUCCUCCCCAAGAAAAUUUAGAAAUCCAGACUCGGACAUAGUAUUUGCAACAUUCUCAAUGAGAUAUCUCUCUAAAAACCUCAACCUGGAUAAGGUGUAAAAUGACAGGUACUCGGCUUUCAGCAUGUCCCUUAUACUUAAACAAAAACAGUUUUCCUCUAGAAAAGUUGGGGCUCCCCCAGUAACCCUGACUUUGUGUUCCAGAAAUAAAAAAAAGUCAUAAAACAAAGGAAUAAAAGAGAAUCCAAGUUGUAAAGGCCUUGAAUGACAGUUUAUGAUCAGUCCUUGUUUCUUUGCAAGCUGACCGAGCUAACAGGUUCAUUGCCUAUUUCUUUUCCCUUCUUUUUUUCUGACAUAUUUCAUUCCCUACAAAACUGAAAAAUUACCGAUAGCCAAAAAAAAAUCUGUCGAUGGAUUUUAACAGUUGAGUUGAGCAUUGCGUGAUAAGAAGAUAAACAAGAUUUACAUACGUCAUUGGACAGAUGGAUUUUCAAUUUAAUUUCUUACUUAGAAUUGCUGUCUAUAAAUAUAUUUUUACAUGCACCUUUUAGUUAUAAGCCUCCAUUCGAAUCAGCUCAACUUUCUCUUUGUUGCUCCAAAACCGCAAGAUAUAAUUAAGUCUGCACCAUUAGGUGGAGGGAUGUUUGUUUACCCCUAAUCCCUUUAAUAGCGCUUAGUUACAAGUCACUAUUCCUGUAGUACCGAUAUUUUGAUCUUCAAAUCAAUCAUUCGCCUCCUAGUUAUGAUUAUUUUCCAAGUCAUCCCAUUCCUUAAAAGAUAAAACAUAAUAUUAAUAAUACAAAAUAACUAAAAAAAUAUAAUGAUUUUAAUAAUUUUAAUAAAAUGGUCAAUUAUACUUUAUAUUCCUAAAAUCCUAAUUGUACGUACUUAGCAAGGGAGUACGUUGACCGCAGGUGGAUAUAUGUCACCAAUAUAUUUAGUAGGCUUUUUGCUGGAAAGGUUUAAUUGAAUUGACUCACUUUACUCAAAAUAAGCCAACCACAUGGUAAACACUAGCCAAACAGGAACGUGUUGUGCAAAAUUCAUCUACUCCCUCAUUAAAUUUUACCGCGAAGCAUAAGUUUAAACCAUUUCCUGCAUGUAGCUUAAUAUUUGAAACAGACUUGUUUCCCACUUUCCGUAAUAAUUAAUCUGUACAAAAAAGGUCGUAGUUGGUAGUUCCAAGAGUGACUGUUUUCAUUUGUGAGAAUUCAUAUAUUCAACAAUUAGGUGUGGCUCUCCCCUGGAUUAUUAGCUUCUAAAAAGCACAAUUUCUUUUAACUACAAAACUGACCGUUUUCAUGACCUACUCAGUUUUAGGUAGCUCGGGGAAACAUUUUAUUUUAAAACAGGGAAGUAGAGUAAGGUAAACAGACAAGAUAAACAAACCCCUAAUGCUGGCGGCUGCGAAAAUUGGUAAACACUUAAAGUUAACAUAACAUGAGUGUUCUUCAUUUGUGAGACAUUUUUGCAUCUCAUUUAUCUCUUUUUGGUACUAUUAUACCCCCAAACACAGAAGAUAUAUAAAAUCUUAUAAAUCUAAAGGAGAGAAAAACUGCUAUCUACUUUUGCGUAAGGGAGAAACACUUAUGCACGGAAAAUUACUGGGAGUGGGUGCAAGAAUCCUUUCCUAAGCGAGCCCUACAGGACUCAGGAAUCCAUCCCAUUUUCUCGUCACUUUCGUGGAUAUGUUACGAAAGAUUGUCACUUUUUUCAAAUCGAAAUCAGUUAAGAAUGUGUAUCACUUCUUUAAACGUGUUCAAAUUUGGUACCAAAACAAUAUCAAGCAAUUAGCCCAUUAAAACGGGGAUAUUGAAAUUUUGCAACAGCUGCCCGUAGAUGGGGAAAUAUUGUUUGCAGUCCGUAUGUUCUUAUUGGUUGAAUACUGAAAGCUGUCAUGACCUAAUUCUCUAUUUGAAGCCGUGAGAAGGAAAAUUAAUAGGGUUAUACUGCCUUUUAAUGUUUUUUCCGUUUUUAGGAACACGUUUUUAGUUUCCAAACCACUGAGGUCACUUGGUAAGGAUAAUGCCGAAAAUGGACGUUUGUCUCCAACUUUGUGCCUUCGGUCUGUCGCUGUUUUUAUUUCCAGUUGCCUUUGGUUGCAUUAAUCUUGGUAAGCAUUUUACAUCAUCUUCAAAUUUAAUUUAAAACCUCCUUUAGUUAAGUUAACGUAUCUUGAAGGCAACUCAAUUAAACAUUCAAAAGUGGAAUCAACCAUUCAAAUAUAUAUGAGGGUCCACAAUAGGUUUGGCGGGAUGCGGGAUUUGGCUAUUUUUCGUGCUGAUACUCGGGAAGCGAGCUGAAAACAGGAGCGGGAUGCGGGAAUUUUAAUAACCAGAGGGAGCAACGACCUCAUUAUCCCUGUAUUAGAUCUAUUAUAACCUGGAAUAUCAAUGAACUUUGUGCCCCGCGCUACAGUCGGCGACUAAAAUGGUCUCGCUAGCUUGCGAAAGUUGACUAUUGUCACUCUGGAUGGAGAAGCAAACUUCCUGCUUGGAAAGGUGCCCGCAUUUGGUCGUGCUAUUUGAUUCAAUAGCAGGCUUAUGUUUUCAUAAAAAAGACCAUUUUCUCAGUCUUUUCAACCAGUGUGUUUAUAUACAUUUUCCAUGUCCUACACUCCACGUAAGCAAUUGACAGAAUUGGCUUCAUGGCCGGAAACUAGCAGCAAAGCAGUUGAAUCAUAGUGAGACAUCAAUCUACCUAACUCCAAAAAUACAGGACUUCUAAAAUUAUCAAAGUAAACAUGUACCAAAGCGCGGAAGAAAAAAUGAUCAUCAACACUGACAAUUGUUAGAAGGUAAGUCUUAUACAACGUCUAUUUCAAUAAUUAAGCAAAAAAUCUCGUAAAAAAAUGGGAUGGGAUCGGGAUUCGGGCAUAAAAUAGGGCGGGAUGGCGGGAUUGAUAAGAAAAAAAGGCAGGAAAGCGGGAUUUGCGAACCCCUAUUGUGGACCCUCAUAUAUUAAACAUUCUUGAAUGAGUGGAAUAAAUUUCUAACACUUUGUGUUCCACUACUCCACAAUUUGUAGUAGAAACAAAAAUAAAUACUUGUACAUAAAAACCAGAAAAGAGAAAAAGCUUAGCGAUACUUCGAAUCAUGCGGCAAGGUGUGAAACGCUUAAAAUGAGAUUAACGGGAUGAACAUUUAAACGACUUUUUUUAUUCCUUUUUUAUACUUUUUGGCUUUUAUUUUCAAAAGUGCAGUGAGUGUUUUUGUUUUUAAUUUUUCUCUUUUUUGACUCAUUUUGACUAAUUCAACCAACCGGAAUAGUCAUGCAAAAUUGUCGUAUAUUUUGUUAAUAGUAUAUGUUGUGUAAAGAAUUGCAUAUAGUGCUUAUUGAAUUUCUUUGUUGAUAUUUUCCAUAUAUCUUCAUUCAAAGCCUGUUAGCCCUAUUUUUCAUGAUUUUUGGUCACGCAAACGAAUUGAGUUCAAAGUAGUUUACCCAAAUAUACUGUCUGUUUAUGCCGCCAAGAAAGACUAAUAACGCCGCAAAAUUUAUUGUGUCUUUGAAGCAAAAUAACUCGGAACGCUUCACUAUCAAUGGUUUGUUCACAUGUAAGACCACUAAAUUUGUGCCAAAUGCCCUUGCGCAACUUUGGACAAAACGCGAACUUCAAUAUCUCGAAAAAUGUUUUCUGUUAUGUCGGGUUUUGAAAUUCGUUAUUAAGUAGAACAGUUCAGUUCACUAUUUGCGCGGUAACUUUUUUGCGUAGCAAUCGAAUUGAUUGGAUUCAAAUUACUUUUCGCAAACUCCUGGCUGUUACGCCGCACGGAAAAAUUUAUAACGCCAGAGAAAUCACUGUGUCUUUCAAGACAAAUAAUUCGGAAGGCUUCGUCUGUGCGUCACAAAUAUACUUUUUUAUCUGAGAACUAGACUUCCUAAACUUUGAAAAUGGGCCAAAUAGAAAUCAGUACGUUGAAUAUUUGCGGACUUACGGUUUUUCGAAGAUUAACAUAACGUCGUUAUGGCGGUCUGACGCGUCCAUUAGCGCUCGUCACAAAUUUCGACGCUAAAUGCCAAUAUGGCAGGGGCACCCAAAGACCGUUUUCUAUAAAAUAUCUGUUCUUAAAAGCAAAUAUUGACUAGAAUUUUCGAUUACUUGAGGACAGCUAAAAAUUUCUAGAUGACCGUUCCAUUCAUGUACUAUUUUCGAAGUUUGAGUUUUCACAUUGUACUGCCCAGGUUAGGUUAUUUUUCGUAGUAAAAAGGAAACUUAAAAUUUUCGGACUCAAAAAUGCGAUGUAGAGAGGAAUUAAAAAAACCGGCGCUGUCGUAAAACGUUAAAUUGCAUCUAAAAUUUUCGGGAAAGAAAUACUGGAGCCCUAAUAAUUUAAUUUCGAACAGACUCAAGUUGCCCUGGGAUGACCGAACAGAUACAAAUUUUAUAGCAUCGCGUAGAAUGCAUUUCUAGAGAUUUAAAAGUACUCUGGAUAGCCUAAAAAGUGUUUUCAAUGUAUGUAGUAGGAAACCGUCGUUGGUUGCCCCUAAUAUGGCCACCUUGGAUCAAAUAAAGGAGGUUGUAAGGGGAGAAACAGACAAAAUUAAUUUAAAGCUUGAUAAACUGACAGCAAAUGUUGAAGAACUUUGUAAAACAGUCAAAUUCCUUAGUGAUAAGUACGACGAGCUGCUUCCUCAAGUGCAGCAAACAAACGGGAAGUUAAACCAGCAGGCAAAAAGUAUUGAUGCUGUAAAGGUGGAACUUGACAAAGUUAAGAAAUGUGCUACAGAUGCAAUGUCCCAAAUUGAAGAAAUCGUCCAAUACGUGUGCAGAGACUGUCUGGAAAUUUCGGGUAUAAAACCUUCUGCCGAGUGCACAUGUGAAAAGAUUGUCACCUCCAUUAGUGCAGUGAUUGAUGUCACUACAGUGAAGGAAGAAAUUUCUAUCGCUCAUCAAAUUCCCACUUAUAAGGAGGAUGCGCCUCCAGAGAUAAUUGUUGAAUUUACAAGGAGAAAUAGAUUGUAUCAUAAUGGUAGUCUUAGAAAGCUGGCCAACGAGAAAAUUCAAGAUUUACCCUAUCUUAACCUGAAGUCUACCGAAAAUUUGUACACUUCCGAAUCACUCACGCCCUACAAGAAGCAAUUCAACUCUUCAGUAAAGUAAACAAGCAAAAGAAGAAAUUCAAGUCGACGUACAUAUGGACACAUAGUGGAAUAAUCUUUAGCAAAGCAAACAAGAAUUCUACUACGACUCAUAGUUUCGACACAUUGGAGGACCUUGCAAAAUUUCAAAAUGAACUUCAACAUCUUACUGCCUAGAUUCUUCCGUUUACAGCUUUUCCACUUACGAGGAAAAAGACACCAUAGUCUAGAAAAACCGCGCAACAUCGUGAUCAAAUUUAGUGUUGAGGUAUUCCUUAUACGUUAUCUACAUGGUUCUAUUAUUGAAUGGCGCAUAUUAAUCUCAACAGUUUAAGUGAACUUCCAUUUCAUGACUUGAAUUUAGAUCAGUGAAUUCCUGAAGGAAACAGGUACGUGGGUUUAUUUAUCCUUUGUUUGAAAAUCUUUUUCAAUAUGCCAGCAGCCGCCAUACAUACAACACAAGAUAUGAAUCUAAGCAAAACCUCUGCAAGCCACGUCGUCGAACGUGGGCAAACAAAUCUUUUUGUAUCAGCUAAUAGAUCUCUGGAGCAAUAUUCCUCAUCACGUGAAAGAUCUCACCACAUUUUCCUUUUCCAAAGAAAUAAAACGUUUUUUGCUGUCAGAACAAUAAUCGAAAGUGACCUCAAUAGAAAUUUUAUUAUUAACUAUAACUUAAUUCUGCUAUUAGCUCCUCUCCUCCUCUGGCUCUCUUUUUUACUGAAACAAACUUAAAACAGUAUUGGGGGUUAACACGAAAACCUCACGGUUCCUUUAGCCUCUAGGCUCCAAAUAAUUAAUUAUUAUUCCUAUUUAUCACAUUGUAAAUUCGUAAUGUAUAUAACUUUUUUUCUUGCAAUAAUUCUAAGUGAGUGAGUCAAUAAAAGAUUGUUAUUGUCGUUGUUGUAUAAGUUCACUUAUAAGAAAAAUAAAAAUUUGCCCAAAAUCACCUGUGCGCAACUUCGGACAAAAACACGGAACUCAAUAUCUCCAAAAAUAUGCUAUGUAAAGUUGGGACUUUAAAAUCUUGAUGCAGUAGAACAGUUUAUUUCACUAUUUUAAAUUUAAUUUUUGCUUAUGAGUUCAAACUAUUUUUCUUAAGUUACGGUAAUUCGUGACAUUUCUACACAAAUUAAUCAGCGCGUGCGUAUAUAAAAAUCUAUGCUCGUUGGCAGUUAGCGAUAGCUAUAAUUAGUUUAUAUAAUAUUUGUCGCAUCGGCUAGUUAGCAAGAAAGAACCUGGUAAAUUAUAUACGUUUUUUAAGCGUUCUUUUUUCAAGAUUCCCUUGCUGAUGAAACACACUUUUGCAAGGGAGAAGGGGAUGAGAGCGGCCAUAGGACCCCCUUGGAUUUUGUUAUGUCGUUGUAUUCUGCAGAAGUUCAUUGGACAAACUUUUAUGAUCUUUACAACUUGGCAUAAACAUUUGACCCAUUCAUUCUGGGACAUGCCACUGCUAAUAUUUGUAACGUCAUUCAAAAUGGUCGCCAUCUAUCUUGACCACCAUUUGGAUUUUUGCUGAAAAUUCAUUUUUUGUAAAUAAUGAUGGAACGUACCUCUUACUAUACUUAGACAUUGUGAGGGGUAAACUAACCAAAUUUUAUCAAGAAAUGAUUGGUUAAUUAUAGGACCACAACACAAGGCUACAUAAGCCACAAGAUAUGCCUCAGAAACAUAGUUUCAUGUCGAGCUUGUAACGCUGAGUUUGCGUCCCAGAAAUAAAAAUGUCAUAAAACAAGGAGAUGAAAGAGGAUCCCAGUUGUAAAGGCCUUGAAUGACAGUUCAGUCCUUGUUUCUUGGCAAGCUAAUUAUGAAGACUAAAACAGGGUCAUUGUCUAUUUUUUUUCUCUUCAUUUUUCUCUGACAUAUUUUUUUCCAUAAAGCGUGAUUUCAUUCUCCUAUUAGGAAUCCUAAAAUCGGGUUACUUUCUAAUAUAUAACUGAUCAUGAGAGUUUACCGACAGUCAUGGAAAAUGCUUUGUCGUAUUUUAACAGUUAAGUUGGCAUUGUAUUAAAUAAGAAGAUAAACACGAUUUACAUACGUCAUUUGGCAGAUGGAUUUUUAAAUUAAUUUCUUAAUUACUUGAAAUUGUCUAUAAAUAUAUUUUCACAUGCAUUUUUUAGUUAUACGCCUCCACUCGCAUAAGCUCAACUUUUUCUUUGUGGCUGCAAAACCGCAAGACAUUAACUUUUAAGUCUGCACCAUUUAGGUGGAGGGAAUUUUGGUUACCCCUUAUCCCUGUACUUGAGCAUAGUUAGCUUGCUAUUCCUAUAGUAAGGGAGUACGUUAACAGCAGGUGGAUAAAAGUGACCUAUAUAUUUAGAAUCAGGCUUUUUGCUGGAAAGGUUUAAUUGAAUUGACUCACUUUACUCAAAAUGAGCCAUAAUCAGCAAACCACAUGGUAAACAUUAGCCAAACAGUAUAGUGUUGUGCAUUUCUUUUAUUCAUUCGUUAAAUUUACUGCUUCCCGAAGCAUAAGUUUAAUGUAUUUGCUGUGGUUUAAAAUUUGAAAACUUGCUUCCCACUUUCCGUACUCAUUAAUCGGAACCAAAAAAAGACCCCAGAUGCUAGUUCCUUAUAUUGGCGUAUCUGGUUUGUAGGAAUCGUAUAUUCAACAAUUAGGUGUGGCUCUCCCCUGGAUUAUUAACUUCUAAACAGCAUACUAGCUUUUAAAUAACUUCAGAACUGACCGUUUUUAUAACCUACAGUCUCAGGUAGCUCCAUGUUCUAUUAAGUGAAAACUCAGGGAAACAUUUUAUUCAGCAGGGAAGGCGAGUAAGGUAAACUGCCAAGAUAAACAAGCCUCCUCAGAUGCAGCCGGCUGCAAAAAAUGCUACACAUUAGCUGACGUAAAGGGUGCUUCACUUUUUAAACAGUUCUGUAUCACAUUUAUCUCUUGUUGGUGUUCUUACACUUACAAAUACAGAGGAUAUAUAAAUUUUUAUAAAUCUAGAAGAGACAAACGCUGCAUGGAUAAUAACUGGGAGCGCGUGCAAAAAAUUUCUGCUGAGCGCGCUAGCCCCUCAGAACUCGCUCAGGAAUCUAGUCGUAACUUUCUUGUCACUUUCCUUAAUAUGUUACGAAAAUGAUGUCACUUUCUUCAAAUCGAGUUCAGUUAAGAACAUGGGUAUCUUUUCUUAAAACGUGUUCAAUUAAAUUUGGUACCAAAACAAUAACAAGCAUAGUCCAUUAACCCAAGGAUAUUAAAUUUUAGCCUCAGCUACCUGUAGAUGGGAAAAUAUUGUUUUCUGUCCGUAUGUUCUUAUUGGUUGAAUACUGAAAGCUGUCAUGACAUAGUUCUCUAUUUGAAGCCGAGAUAGGAAAAUUAAUAGGGUCAUACUGCCUUUAUAAUAAUCUUUUUCACGUUUUUGGCGCACGUUUUUAAGUUACCACACCACCGAGGUAAGAUGGUAGGGAUAAUACCAAACAUGGACGUUUGUCUCCAACUUUGUGCCUUUUGUCUGUCGCUGUUUUUAUUCCCAGUUGCCUUUGGUUGCAUUGAUGGUAAGCAUUUAACAUGUUAUAUUAUCUACAAAUUUUGAAAACCUUCUUUAGUUAAGUCACCGUACCUUGAAGGCAACUCAAUUAAACAUACAAAAUUAAAGCGGAAUUAACAAUUCUUGAAGCAGCGAAUUGAAUAUCUGACACUUUGUGUUUCACUACUCCAAACUUCGUAGUGAAAUUAAAAAUAAAUACUUAUCAUCACAUAAAAACUAGAAAGGAAGAAAGCUUAACGAUACUUCGAGUCAUGCUGCAAGCUGUGAAACGCUCAAAAUGAGGCCGAGUUAACGGGGUGACCAUUCAAGACUAACAAAGAGCGACUUUUUUUAUUCCUUUUUUAUUUCAUUUUAUUUUUUUGUUUUGUUUUCCAAAGUAAGUGUUUUUUAAAUUUUUAUUUAACUUAUUAUGACUAAUUCAACCAAUAGUCAUGCAAAAUUCUCGAAUAUUUUUGUUCAUAUAUAUAUGUUGAGUAAAGCAUUGCAUAUUAAGUGCUUAUUGAAUAUCUCAAUCGAUAUUUUUCAUAUACCUUUCUUGCAAACCUGUUAGCCUAACAUUUUUAAAAGUUCUUUUUUUUUUUCGGUCUGUAACGUUUGAUAUGAUUAAAGCUUGGAAUACAUAUUUGUUUGCGAUGAAGCAGUGAUCUUGUCAUGACAAGUAAUUUCUUUGCUAACGUUAUAAGUUCUUCUGCUAUAUAAUAAGGAUCGAGGUGGAUUGGCAAUAUUUAAACAACAUGCCGGAAAGAAAUUGUUUGAAAACAGUAGUGCAACCGGAGUUCUCUUUUAGUCGUUGUCAUUUUUCACUGCCUAUUAGUAGAGCAAUUUAUUAUUAAUUGAUCUGUUAAUUUUCAAGACAUGACUGAAAUUUCUUAUUUUCUGUACAAGUUAUUAGCGGAAAUUAACCUUGGCAAGUUCACUUGUAAGAGUACUACUGAUUUCUUGGGCAUUACUAUAGCGGUGAAAUACAUAACUGUAUCGUCAGCGUACAUCAGAAUCUGGCAUCGUUCUAGAUCUAUAGGCAGAUCGUUAACAAACAGGGCAAAGAGAAAAGGGCCAAGAAUUGACCCUUGAGGGACACCCAAUGUAAUAAGACAUGCAUCAGAGAUUUCUUUACGAAAACUCACGAGUUGUUUUCGGUCUGUCAGGUAAUUUCGGAACCAGUCUAACUCAAUAUCCUUAAGUCCAUAUGACUCUAGUUUGCUAAUAAGUAUUUCGUGAUCAACAGAGUCAAAUACCUUGCGCAAGUCAAUAAAUACCGCCUUAGUGAGCAAUCCAAGGUCCAUGCCACGCCGGAUGUAAUCUGAAAAGGCAAUAGCGGCAAAUCCAGUUGAAUGGUUCCUUCUGAAGCCACACUGGAAAGGGUUGAGCAGCUUAUGUUCGCUUAGAAAGCUAUGUAGUUGAUGAUGUACAACCCUCUCCAACACUUUGGAUACAACUGGUAAAAUCGAAAUUUCACGGUAAUUAUCCAUAUCGGUAGACAUUCCUUUCUUAUGCAGUGGGGUUAUUUUUGCGUACUUCCACUCACUCGGCACUGUUCCCUGCGACAAUGAUUCAAUUACAAUUCGAGUCAGCGGCUUGACAACAACCACUGCAGCAUCCUUCAACAUACGCAGAGAUAUAUUGUCAAGACCACUAGCCUUGCUUGCUUUGAGACCUUGAAGUGUCUUAACAACCAGCGACUCAUUUAUCAAUUCAAAUUUAAAAUUUCGUAUUGAUCCGUUAACUUAUUGAUCAACGCUUCUUUUUUUAAAAGAAACAUUACCGAGAGCCCGCUUAAGGCGUACAGCGGCUGAAGCGAAAAAAUUAUUGAAAUCAUUAGCAAUUUUCUUUCCAUGACUGGCCUCACUACAAAGCACACCGUCAAUAUUGAUAUUUUUGGAACCGCCAGAGCUCUUGUUCCCGGGAGUGAUCUUCUUCAUUGUUCUCCAAAAGGCUUUGGUGUCAUCUUUAUGGUUAUCAAUUAACUUCUUGUUGUAUGUUUGUUUUGCCGUCUUUACUGAAUUCGUCACACGAUUUCGCAUAGAUUUAUACGCAAGCCAGUCUUCGUCACGGGAUGAUUUUCUCGCCUUUUUUAAAAAGUAGUCACGCUGACGAAUGUCUUUCUUUAUUUGGCCAGUCAUCCAUGGACAAUUAUCUACACCACGUACUCGCUUCUGGAGAAGCGGGGCGUGACGAUCAGCCACCUUAAGGAAUGCGGACUUAAAAUUGAGCCAGAGUUUGUCCACACAAAUGACAUUCUCAUUUGCUGUCCCGGAGGAAUUCAUUCUAUCAACCCAAUUAACACCUCUAAGGUUUUCAGAAAACUUUGCAGGGUCUUAUUUUGCAUAAUUCUUGAAAAGCUUUGUUUCUGGGGCAGCUUUCAUCCACCUUAACUGUCUUAUGCAAAAAAACAUGUCAUGAUCACUUAGACUCAAACUUUACCCUGCAGUCUCUAAUGUGAAAGUGGGCGGCUAACAAAUGAAGGGGUUUACUGAUCUAAAUUUUCCCUCUGCAAAUGUUGUUCAAGUUCGACACUGCCGAGACAACAAAGGCGUCACUAUCUGCGGUACCUCCGCCACAGUUUUGUUGUGAAUAUGCGGCUUGAAUCGCCAGCUUCGGUGUGCCACUUAACACCAUCAUCGGAUCAAAUUCCCUCCAUUUAUAACCCCCCCCGCCCCUCAAAAUGUAUUAACCCAGGGCUUAUAAGCCGAAGUUUACAAUGAGUAAAAAAGCGGUAUCACAACCGAGUGUUAUUGAACUAAACUGUUAUUGUGAAAGACCUAGCGCGAGUAGCUGUCAGUCUAACUCUAACGACGCAUUUAUCAAAUACUGAUAAAGUCUUGAUAAGGAAAAAGUAUCCCGCAAUGCAUACAAGAGUACUAGUAAUAGUUGACACUACAGCUGCCCCCGCUCUGUAUAUUGUCGAGCAAUAGUAUUCUCGCUCGUUGUGUAGCUCUUUGAAAUAUACCGAUUUCAUAACGAAGAUGUUCACACAUAUUACAUACAAUAGGUGAGAUAGAUUCAGGAAACGUAAGGUUCCGUGCACAGUUUCGGUUCGAUUUACACAGCUUUGAUCAAAACAUUCUCAGUUUCGAGAACAGUUUAUUCUAAACCAUAAGAAAAGAUUUAAUUAGAAGUUGAAUUUUUCGCUAUUUCUAUUUCACUUUUUACAUUUAGUUCAUUUUAUUUGCCGGAAAGGAAGCCUUAGAAAUUAGAAGGACAGUUGAUCAAAUCACGCUCGCGCAUUCUAGUCUUAUUUUAAACUUUAUAGCGGAAGGACAUCUGUUAGCAGGGAAUAAGUCAGCACAGAAUUUGAUGAUCCGCGAAUUUCUGUAUCAUCCAUCGUUCUGCUGGUGAUAAGCUAGCCGUUUAAUCAUUUACUCGUCUUGCUUUUUUGGGGCCGAGUCUUAUUCCGGUCAAAGAAAGAGAAAGAGUGUCUGGCAAGGUUUCCCGAAUCAAAGAUUUGUGCACUCGUGCCUGGCAAAACUCACUUGGUGUUAAAAUAUACACUGUUAUACGCACCUUAUAAGUUCAUCUGCGCUUAACUAGUGUCUUUUGGUCCAUAACUUUCAUAACAACUGCUCCACAGAAUGUGACUGAUAACACGUAACGCAAAAGAGUAUCGAAGUAUGACUCCACAAUUAAUGUCACAAAAUCCUAUUGUAAGCGGUCCUUUCGGGAGUUUUUGUGUUUUACGUCAUCCUAACUAUUUCGUACUUGCGGGCGCAAACAAUAGAAACGUCAUCAUUACCUAACGAUUCCUCGCGGCCCCUGUUCAAGCAAAUCGAGAUUUUUUCUAUAUUGACUGUAGGACUGUAUAUUUCAACUGCAAGUACUUUCCUAAAUAUGCGCGCGAGUUACUAGUCUAAGAGUGCCUCCUCGGGAUUUCGCCUUCUGCUCGAACUCCCUGCGGGGGGGAACAAUCACUUUUUACACCUCCAUUCCUACAUAAUACAGAGCUUUCGCGCCAGCCUUUGUAUAUAAAAUCUGAUCAAACCUAAAAGCUAAGCUCCAGCAUAAGACUUGACUCGUGAGUUUGUUAAAUAAAACCAAAACAGAGGAGCUAAAAACAAAACAAAUAAACAAAAAGAAUUACAUAUUUAUUCAAUUGUUUCUUUCCUGUUUCAGAAAACUGUCGCAUACUGGUGUUCCCACCACCUUUCUUCUUCAUUAAUAAACGUUUGGUGAACCACACCAUAGGAACUAGGGCUGAUGUCGAUUUUGAGACCUGCAAGCUGCAUUGUUACCACGAAAACAACUGCACGAGUGUCAACUAUCGCGAGGAAAAUAAGACAUGUGAGCUCAACAACGCUACCCACCUUCUGCAUGAUAAUGAGUUUGAGGACAAUGUUGGUUACCUGUAUCAUGGAGCAGAUGUAAGAUUGUCUUCAAUUUUAUUAUUGUUAGACCUCCUUCCUCCUCCUCUUCCUACUUUUCUCCUCUUUCUUUCCUCCCCUUCCUCCUCCUCCUCCUUUACCUUUCCUUCUCCCCUCUUCCUACUCUUUCUUUCUUUCUCUUCCUCCUCCGCCUCCUCCUCCUCUUUCUUUCCUCCUUCUCCUCCUCCGUUCCUUCUCUUCCUUUUCCUCCUCCGAUUCUUAUCUUCCUCCUCCUGCUCCUCCUCCUCCUUGUCCUCCCCUUUCCGCCUCCUCCUCUUCCUCCUCCUCCUCCUGCUUCCUUCUCCUCCUUGUCCUCCCAUUUCCUCUUCCUCCUCUUCCUCCUUCUUUCCUCCUUUCCGUUCUCCUUUCCUACUUCUUUUGCUGCUGGUGUUCCACUUCUGAUCCUCAAAACAUAAUGAAAUGUCAAAAAUCAUUGAGCAUAAAAAGGUCCACGGCGAUGAUACUUCUUUUCUAUGAAAACUCCGCUAGUCCCUUAUUUUACUUUCUUUUUCUUCUUUUUGAAAGAGUGCCUGUGAUAAGUCCCCCUGCUACAAUGGAGGAAUCUGUCAAUCCGGAUUCUCAGCAAGAGGAUAUCGGUGUUUGUGUCCUUCUGGUUUUAAGGACUUUCGCUGUCAAGCAGGUAAGAAAGUAAAUUAAAAAGAGAAAAAGAAGCCUUACUUUCACUAAAGAUUUUUGCGGCCUUCGAGAACUACUUUUCUUAGCAUGAUUUGGCGGAGUAUUAAAUCCAACCCACAACUUCAACGUUUGGUGGACUCUUCAGCGUCGGACUUCACUGGACAUGUCGGAUGGAUUUCUGCAUAGCGUCAAACACGGACAGCAUGUUAGUAGAAAAACAACUAAAUGAUUGUCAAUGAUCAAGCGGAUUGUUAGUUUGAUUGCAUGAAUAGAAACGUUUCGAGAAAAAAUCUACUGGUUGUUGUAUGAAAGAUAAAAAAUCGAGGGUCCGAUCGAGUGUGAGAAAGAAAAUAAUUAUUAAUAUAUUUGAUCAAAGAGUAAUUGCAGCCGGCGACAAGAAGAGCCCGCAAUCCUAAUCUCCAUCACACCUAGGCGGUACGUAUUGUAGGCAGCUUCGUUCAAACUUCCACUAAGAAUGCAGUGGAAUGCAGAAGUCACAAUCUGAUAACGUUCGUUUGGACCUUCUAUCACUCGUUAUCUGAUUACUCCUGAUUUGACUUUCACUAUCACUAAAACUUACGCAAAGCACAGCGUUGGUUGAGCAAGGGCAUCAUGUCAGACCUUCGCUGUCGUCCGCAUUCCGUAACCUUUAGUACAUAACAUAUCUUUGUUGCCACAUUGUCCUUCGUAGAAUUGAUUCAAGAUGCAUCUUAACUAAAAUUUAUUAUCAUUCAGAUGUAGACGAAUGCCGGUCCAGGUCUCACAAUAAUUGUAGCAUCAAUGCCAUCUGCAAUAACACCAAAGGUUCCUAUAACUGUAGUUGCAAACCAGGGUAUAGCGGGAAUGGACGCGACUGUUCAGGUGGGUGCUUGCGAAGUUUUAUCUAAUAUUAUUUACUUAGGCUCACCAAUCCUUGCAGAGUCACCGUUACAGCCCACACUGAAUUACUGGGGCCCGUAACAGUUCCUUCCCUCAUGAGAAAUAGACCACCACACAGUACGUGGGUUGUUCAUCGCCCCAAAGAAUUUGUCUGUGCCAGGAUUGUGAGAUAGGGCCCACGAUUUAUCGUCCUUAUCCCAGAACACUAAAAAGUCUAACCGUUUGCAGAUUUCUUCACCGUGUUUUUUUUUUUUUGCAUUUGUUUACCUUCUAGUUUUGAGUAAUUUUGGUUAUAAGAAAUAAGUAAAAUAAAAGGCACACAAGCAUAGAAGUAUAGGAAUACAAUUCUACUGGUACGAUAUGCUUUACGCCUCGUAUCAUGUUAGAAACCAAAGUUAAAUAUAUGCGGUUCCUUUCUUAUUGAUCCAAAGCAACUUGGCAGCGAGUUUCAAAACAAAAAAGUGUUUAUUGUCACAUUAGCAGUGCUUGUAUACUGUUUCAAUAAUCAGAAGACCACUUUGUAGAAUUCCUCUAAUACGACAGAUAAUGCACUUUUGCAGUGUUUAUGUUUAUCUUUUCUCGUACCAGCACCUUUAAAUUUACUGGGUUUGUUUUUCAGACAUAGAUGAGUGCAACGCUGCAAAUAAUAGCUGUCAUGAAAACGCUUGGUGCAAUAACACCCAAGGAUCAUUCAAUUGCUCCUGCAAACCAGGGUACGAUGGAGAUGGACACAAUUGUACAGGUAAAAUCAUCUGCCUGCGUUUGGUUAACGUAUCCACUUGUAAGUUUUAAAACACUGUUUUCAGGAAACCUUUUUUUCUUCGGGAGAACGAGAAAACAUAAAGAUAUAGCCGGGGGGAGGGGGCAUGUUCGCAGGCUAAAUGUGUCUAUUAUAUGAAAUGACGUAUACUAAUUUCUUCUUGUUUACUGCCGGAUUAUUGCAAUUUUUAUGCCCCUUGCUCGCUUGCCAAUAAACCAUGUGCUGUACAAUGUGCAUUGCUAGGGGUGAGCUCGGUUUGCUGGUAGAACUGAACGGACACCCUUAUUUGCCGUAAUUUGGCCACUCAGUUAAGUGGCCGUUUAUUGAUAAUACCAAAUCAAAUUACACAAAAACCGGAAAUAAAAACCUCAUCCCAGCAAAGGUGAGGGCAAACACGCACUGAAUGAGAACUUAACGCACCGAUGGGACUGAUCCGAAACCAUGGGCGGGGUAAUAGGGUGGGAAAAAUGUUUGCCCUGCACCGAAGCUGAACUGAAAGAGGCCUGAAAUCACAUGUUCGGACGUUUAAGUAUCUACUAAUGUAAGUCCCGGAUGUACCCAUCCGGGAUACUAAAAACGCCACGCAUGCUGCAUAAAAUAAUUUAUUCCCCUUGGUAAUAAAUGUCAUUUAUGCCCCUUGCUUGCUUGCCAAUAAACCAUGUGCUGUACAAUGUGCAUUGCUAGGGGUGAGCUCGGUUUGCUGGUAGAACUGAACGGACACCCUUAUUUGCCGUAAUUUGGCCACUCAGUUAAGUGGCCGUUUAUUGAUAAUACCAAAUCAAAUUACACAAAAACCGGAAAUAAAAACCUCAUCCCAGCAAAGGUGAGGGCAACCACGCCAAAGCCCUGAUCGACCCCUGGAGACAGGGCCGCCCCACCCGAAGCCCAAGCAAUGCACAGUGCCUGAACAAGAAAUACUGUAAAACAACUUAAACUUGCAAGUACACACUCCUAGUGCCCGCUGGUGGGAAUGAGAAAGUGGAAGCUAGUAUUCAACGACAUGUUAAUACUAAUGAAAAAUAUUGUCAGGCUUGUGGAACAGUUGGCCCAUGCACAACCGCCCCUCAAGCAGGUAAUCCUAGAGUGAAAUGACAAACUGAACUGAAAUAAAUUCAUUAACCUCAAAUAGCUUAAAGACGGGAGAAGCAGACCCUGAAGGGAAACAUUUGGCCCUUGCACAAAUGUCCCCAAAGCCGGCACUACCUAAUAAACUUCCCCUAAAAGGUCACACUGCUGGCCCCUACUCAGCCGCCGCUCCUAAAUUACACCUGCUUAUGAAUUAUACAUUCAAGUUAUGCUCAAGAAAAUUUGCCAUUUUAGGAAACAGUUGGCCCCUGCACAAAUGCUCCUAAGCCGGCCCUACCUAAUCCUUUCAAGUUAAACAAAGACGAUACACGAUGGAGCUCCACAAGAAUAAUGAACUACAUUUGCUUAACCCACUGACCAAGUGGCCCAUGCACACAUGGUUGGAUAAAGCAAUAUAAGAGUGUCUCCUAUAUGCAGUAGAUGUAAGAUAUGUAAAUCUAAGAUUUGGCUCAGACUCUAAUACUCUGUAUUCACUGUCAAUGUUAAGACAAACAUAACACAGAUACAAUUGGCCCCUGCACAACAGAUCUGCGCCAUGUUUGUUGUCUAUACUAGUAUACCACUGUAAGCAUGGGCAAACGGCACUAAGUUACGCUUGGAAGGCUGACUGAGACCCCAUUGUGGAGGUUCGAAUAUAUCGCAAAAAUGCAUUUGAUUUCCAGCGACCAAAAUCCCUGAUCUGUGUAUCUGACAUACCCUUUGCUGCCGCCCAGGAAGCAGCACCGAUCCUAAAGCUAUGAGUCUUAUAGUGUGAAAUAUCCAAGUCACAAAAUUGCAGGUCUUCCUUUAAUGCUGUCACAAAAAAGGAUCGAGUUAUUGGAGAGGCAUCUGGCCAGCAGAAAAGAGGCCCCGGAAAUUGUCCCCGAAUAUUUAUAUACUCUGACAGGAGAUAGACCGGGCAAACUGGUCUCUCUCGGUAAAUGAAAAUAUCUACUGGGCUCGAAGAGUCGCUAUGCUUGUAGUUCCUUAACGUUAGCUUUAGUGCUGUGACAGUGCCCUCCCUGGUUUCCAUAAAGGCAAUUUGACCGAUACUAAUGAUAUUUUGACCAGGUAGAUUGCCCCGAUAAGUUAUUUCACCAACUCUAAGGGCAGCAAAGAAGGCAAGAGCAUACAUUGCCUGAGUUAAUUUUUUGCUAUACAGAGAUGAUUUUGUGUGUUCGCAGGCCAAAAUGAUAUUUUCGAGUAUGGGUAAUGAAAUGGGCAACCGAGUAUCUCUUGAAGGGUUCAUUUUACUGUAACCCCGCAAUGCAAGUCUGAUCAUUUCCGACUUAGUGGGAUCAGGCACAGAAGCUAAACGAUGGGGGAAACUUAGUGCAGAAAUGUAACUAGAGACGGUGGAGGCUGCAUAGUUUUUCUCAGCUAAAAAGGCAAUAAACAGGGCUAAAGUAUGUGCUGAAAGGGGGAACAGCUGAAUUUGGAGCCCUAGGCGAUCCCUAAUAAAUUUUUGCAACAUCUGCCAGGGGCGACGGUACACAGUUAAAGAUGUUGUGCCCAGACUAACUUCUAAUAGCUUGGCUAGCCUAUCUCCCAGUUCUCUGGUAGAAGAUAUGAUGGCAGCGGGGUUGGUGUUGGGUCCAUGCCCUGCGACACUGUGCGGAAUUUGUCGACCUGUAAGCGAGAUAAACUAUCAGCGAACACAUUCUUAACUCCUUGAAUAUGACGCGCCCUAAAGAAGAUAUUGUUUCUCAAGCAAAUCAGAACCAUUGUACGCAACAAUGCUAGCAUCUUAGUGUCCUUCGUUGUUUGCUUAUUGAUAACAUGUACUACACUCUCAUUGUCGGUAAAAAAGAGCACCCUCUUGUUUCUCAGUUCACUAGACCAUGUACUGAGGGCUACGACAAUAGGAAAAAAUUCAAGAAAACAAAUAUUCUGUGCCUUCCAUGCGUCUGGCCAUGUACCGUAAGCCCAAUGCUUGCCAAAAACAAUUCCAUACCCACUAGACUGUGCAGAAUCAGUGAAAAAUUGCAAGUUAUGAGAGGUUGACCAGGCUUCUUCUAAGAAAAAAUACUUUCCAUUGAAGGAUUCUAAGAAAGUUUCCCAGAUUCUUAAAUCCUUUUUCGUUUCCAAAGUUAACCGAAUUCUGUGGUGAGCACGUUUGACUCCAACAGUGAGAUUUAUUAGGCGCCUAAUAAAAACUCGACCCGAAGUAAUUACCGAGCAGGCAAAAUUCAGCAGACCUACAAGGGAUCGGAGCUCCUUCAGUUGUACUCUUUUCCUGGGUAGAAGACAGCGAAUUGCGUUUAGGGUUUUGUCAACUUUUUCUUUCGGAAGCCUGGCCUCCAUCUCUAAACAAUCUAAUUCAAUGCCUGCAAAAGUUAAUACCGGACUAGGGCCUUCCGUUUUAUCGGGAGCCAUGGGAACACCAAUGUCGUCACAAAAAUGCAAAAACCUUUGAAGGCUAGCAUCACAAGCUUCGUGGGAUUUUUCAAGAAUCAAAAAGUCAUCCAAAAUAUGUAAGAUGUUAGGUAUCGCUAAUUUGUUGCGAGCUACCCACUCCAUUGCGGUACUAAGGGCCUCAAAGGUCUUGCAGGAACUAGCACAACCCAUGGGGAGGCAGCGGUCAACAUAAUAGUUCCCUUCCCAUUGCAUUCCCAGUAAGUGAUAGUCUAAAGGGUGUAUUGGGAUAAUGCGGAAAGCACUCCGAACAUCCGUCUUAGCAAGAGUACAACCUCUGCCUAAACGUUUGAUAAACCGAAUUGCAUCAUCGACCUUAGCAUAGUGUACUGAACAAAACUCUUGCGGAAUAAAAUCAUUAACUGACGCACCAAAGGGGAAGGAAAGAUGGUGGAUCAUCCUAAAUUCACCUUGCACUUUCUUGGGGAUGACCCCCAAGGGAGAUAUUCGAAGGUUAGGCAGUGGGGGCUCUGCAAAAGGUCCCACUAUACGACCUUCUUGGAUCUCUUUAGUUAACUUUUGAUCAACCCGAUCUGGGUGCUCAGAUGCUGACACAAGAUUAUUGGAAAAACUGCUCUCUAAGGGGCCAUAAUAAUGUAAACGGAAACCAUGUAAAAAACCCUUUAACAAAUGAUUACACAACUUUUCUGGGUAACCUGAUAAGUAUUUUGCUAAACUCUUAGCUUUGACUGGAGUUGGGAGUGCUUCGGAUUGAAGGGGUGCGGUUGAGAGUGCCCUGGCUGGUAAAAGAUGUUGUUUUGGGCCCCGCAUUUCCAGCUGGCUGUUUGGCGGCUUGUUGGCAUUUGGAAAUUGGGUGGCUGUUUCCACACCGGAAACACUGGUGCUUGUAAGAGCAUCCUGGACAUGUAAUCCCCCUGUGAAACUUCCAACAAAAUCCCUUUGGGAUAAAUGAUCCCUGUUGUUUACUUUUUCCCGGCUGGGUACUAAGUUUGGGACGAAAGGAAUGAGACCUAAGCCAUAGCUCAGAGUGAAUUUGGUCCCAAGGGGCCCCCCCUGUCUGCCUAAUGCUACGGAAAUUCUCAUCAUAGAACCUCCAAUUGGCUCCCUGAGAGGCUAACUCUCGGAUGACAGACCCAUACUUCAUGAGGGCCGGGGUGUCGUAAGGGGCUUUUUCUGAAUAGAUGGCGACAAACACCUGAAAGGCCGAGACCCACUGCUCAAUUGAUUGAACAGUCUGCCGCUUAGGAUUAGGUGCUAAAACUAAAGCUGGCUUGCCACCAUCACCUUUCUCUACCCUGAAGGUAUAAUGAUCAUCGGAGUGAGUAAAGCUAUUAUUCAACAGUAGUGCAAAGUCCACAUACUCGUUGGACCAUAUUUGUUUUUUUGACCUUAUCGGGUACACGAUGGGUUAGUGGCACUGCAGUUGACAAAAAAGUGUUCUUACUUUGAGGUGCUGCACUAGGUAGUAAGGAGCUUGUCACUUGCUGCACUGCAUUGUUGACCGUGUUGAGGAGCGACUGGUCAGCAUUGGGAGUGGUGGGGUUUGCUUCUACAACGCUUGAAUCUCUGUUCACCACCUCUGCACUUGAAAUUGAAAUGGGAUCGGGAACAAACUGCACCUCCGGGACUGCUGCCGCUGCUGCAGAUGUUGAAGGAUGGGCGACUGGGAAUGCCGUUGCUGCUGCCGUUGUUGCAGGUUGCAGGGGCUGUGCAACAGUCAACAGUGCUUCUGAUACUGCUGCUGAGAUGGAAUUUGUCAGCGCUGCCAAUACUUCUGCUGAAAGGGUAAGCUGUGGGGUUGCCCGGGCAGCGUUUGAAGGUUCCUGCAACUGGACUGGCUGAAGCCGUGAUGGAUGUGGCUGCAUCACCGAGUCUGUAGUGGCACUGCUGUCAGCGGCACGACGUCGUUUGUUAACUCUCUCUGUGUAGUUUUGUCCUCUCUUGGGUGGCAUUCUAGUAACUAAAAAAACUCCAACAUUAAUCUGGUUGUCGAGAAUUACAAACGAAAGUAAAGCUCUACUAAGAGCUUCGAAGCCCCCACUGGCCACCCGUGAGACAAAAGAAGAAACAGCCACUUAUUGGAGCCCUCAGUUAAACAAUAAAUAAAAUAAAAACCAGAGAAGAUGACAGUAUAAAAACAAUCUGGCACAAAUAACUGUACUAUAACACCACAAGGUAGUUAUAGGCAAACAAAAGGAUGCAACAGCACAAAAUGGUACAUGAAUGGCACAGAGCAAUAACACUCCCGCCGAAUAAGUAUCAUGACCAAUGCUGACAAACGCCAGAACUGUACAUCCCUCUAAUACACAACCAGAGUGGUGACAAUAUGGCCACUCAAAAAUAACAGAACUGGGGCAAACCAAAUAAUAUAAAUUAUUGCUUCGUGGCUGACAAAAAAUAGCUGUAUCAGUGAGCAACAUAACUCGCUGACUUACCAUGUAUAUUAACUGAAUUGAAAUGAAACUUGAAAUGAAAAAACAAAAGAAACUCUUACACUUCGGAAAGUGCUCUCAAAAUGGCUCCCCAAAUGCUUCGGUGAAGGGCCUAUCUUCCCAUGGCGAUGUAAAGUAUUCCAACGAGGGCAUUCAACAUUAGUCGUUGGCUACAGGUAAACCCCGAUUCUGCCAACUCUCACAACUGUAUCUGCCCACGAGCCGCCCCGUGGAAUGUUUCCCUAAGGGGACUAUCGGGAUCGGCCAUGUUGUUUAUGCUGAAAGAUUCUUUUUCUUAUCCGACUAAGACAUGACGUGGCUCCGUACAACUUCAAAUUCGCAAUUCCCGGUCUUUACGUACUAGUUCAGGUAAAGCGACCGCAGAGAGUGAGAUUAACUCCGGGUAGCUUUCAUUAUUCCGUAUAAAAUCGCCUGAUCUUAGCUCAAGGUCAGUAAAAUGGGGGGCGGUGCUGCGAAUGUUUCCGAGAUCGUACCGGUUUGUUUUAACCACUCUACGCUGCCCCAUCACGAGAAAUACUACCAAACAGGCUGAACACAAUUCUAAGUGAAGCCUUCCAAGAGAUUUUUGGAUCGCCAGUCCGGCGAUCUAAGCACCAACAAAAUGAAUAAGCACACGCGGUUUCUGGUUCACCAGCCGCCAUGUGACUCGAACAACAGGAUUUGUGAUAGCGAUUAACUGCGCUAAAAACAAGUAAAGAGAGCCUACUUAACUGAUCGUUGAAAUCUUCUCCUCCCUUCAAUGUCCUUCUGAAAUGGGAUAAAGGGGUUUCUUUCUAAAUGUUCUUCAGUCUUCAGAGAAGAAAAAUGUUUGCCCUGCACCGAAGCUGAACUGAAAGAGGCCUGAAAUCACAUGUUCGGAUGUUUAAGUAUCUACUAAUGUAAGUCCCGGAUGUACCCAUCCGGGAUACUAAAUACGCCACGCAGGCUGCAUAAAAUAAUUUAUUCCCCUUGGUAAUAAAUGUCAUUUUAAGUCUCGCUUGCGUAAGCAGCGAGACUCAUAAUCUGCAACGCGUUUUUUGUUAUAUUUAGGACACAAAAGGGGGUCAUUGUGCCGGGCGUUCCUUGCGGGGACCGUGGAAACCGGGACUAAGAAUCGUUCCGUGAUCGAAGCCACGCAUGUUUAGCGAAGAAAGCUUAGGAAAUAGAGCUUUUCCGAAACGAGUCGGUUCACGAAUUCUAUCGCUUAAAAGCGUUGAUUACUUUGGAACAAGUGAACACUACUGAGUGGUCGAAAAAGAAAAAUAAGAAUCUUAAUUAGCAAAACUGCGAUGGUCGGGUGUUGUAAACUUUUAUUGUAUGGAAAUGGGUCUUGUGAUGAGGAUGCGGUUUAUUUUCGGCCACGAUUGAAAUGACGUGCUAUGUAAAUCACUUUUUUGAUCUCUGGCAAUGAUGUUAUUUCUCUGGAAUCGAGGCCCUAGAAUUUUCGUGUAUUUAUACACGCGUAUAGCCUGCGACCGCAAAGGUAUUUCUGGUCCCCGGGGGUGGACUCCCACAUGAAACAGACGGGGAUGCUCGUCGGAAAUUUUGAUAAAGGAGACCAUCUGUGCGUGGCUCAAGCUUUUUGUGACCCCUAAAGGAGACCAAUCUGGGCGUGGCUUAAGCAAAUUUUGACCCCUAAAAGAGACCGCUUAAAAACACACAAAUACGACAUGCAAUGAGUUUUAAUGACAUAAAGACAUAACAAACAAAGUUAAAAAGAAAAUUGGCUUCUGUUUCUCUUCGUGUAAUUCUGUGUUUCUUCGCGGAACCCUAAACGAGACCUUGGCGCCUUAAAAUAUUGGCGCUUUGCCCGGAACACCCUAAGCGAGACCAAAAUCCAAAAUUUACACCCCUAAGCGAGACGACGAGCAUCCCCGUCUGUUUCAUAUGGGAGUCCCCCCCCGUUCUGGUCGUCGCUAACACGUGUACUAAAUCAAUUCAGAAACAAAUAAAAAGUAUCGACGUCGAUAAAGCAGGUAGUAACUAAAAGGCACUUACAGCGGCAUUCUGUCACGCCUGCUUGGAGAUUAGAUCGAGAAAUGAGGACUGGCGAUUAAUUCUACAAGAAACAUGAUUAACUCGCUAAAGGUUUUUUACUUCCUACAGUAUCGACGUCGAUACUUUUUAUUUGUUUCUGAAUUGAUUUAGUACGCGUGUUAGCAACGACCAGAAAUACCUCUCCAGAAGCAGGCUAUACGCGUGUAUAAACUCUUUAAAAUGUUUCAGUUUUUCUUUUAAACUGUAAAAUUCGUCAUGCAUCUACUACUUGGAAGGAACUAAUUCGAAAAUCACUGUGGUUGCCUAUUUUUAGGAAUAUCGCAGAAAUCGUGAAAAAAAAUAAGAGUUUAUAUGGUUUGGGGGACGCUAUCACAAAAUUACAGAGGUUUGUAUGGCUCUUUAACCAUGUUUCAAGAGUCAUAACUUGAUCCCUGUUCAACGUUAGAGCACCAAACUUGGUCAAAUGACCAAUCUCAACAUGAACGUUUAUAGGGUGGUGUCAGUUUAUCGAUUAGUUUAAAUUUGAAACUCGCCCCAGUUCCCUACGCAAAUCCGAAAUGGCCAAUACGACACAUAAUGCACUUUUGCAGCGUUUAUGUUUAUGUUUUCUCGUACCAGCACCUUUAAAUUUACUGGGUUUAUUUUUCAGACAUAGAUGAGUGCAACGCUGCAAAUAAUAGUUGUCAUGAAAACGCUUGGUGCAAUAACACUCAAGGAUCAUUCGAUUGCUUCUGUAAACCAGGCUACGAUGGAGAUGGACACAAUUGUACAGGUAAAAUCACCUGCAUGCGUUUGGUUAACGUAUCCACUUGUAAGUUUUAAAAACUGUGAUUAGGCAAUCUUUUUUUUUUCGGGAGAACGAGAAAACAUAGAGAUGGGGGACAUGGGGGGCAUGUUCGCAGGCUAAAUGUGUCUAUUAUAUGAAAUGACGUAUGCUAAUUUCUCCUUGUUUACUUCCAGAUUAUUGCAUUUUUUUUAGUCUCGCUUGCGUAAGCAACGAGACUCAUAAUCUGCAACACGUUUUUUGUUAUAUUUAGGACACAAAAAGGGGGUCAUUGUGCCAAGCGUUCCUUGAGGGAGACCGUGGAAACUGGGAGUAAGAAUCGUUGCGUGAUCGAAGUCAGGCAUGUUUAGCGAAGAAAGCUUAGGAAAGAUUAAUUUAAAGCUAUUCCGAAACGUGUCGGUUCACGAAUUCUAUCGCUUGAAGGCGUUGAUUACUUUGGAACAAGUGAACACUACUGACAUUACUGAGUGGUCGGAAAGAAAAAAAAUAAGAAUCUUAAUUAGCAAAACUGAGAUGGUCUGGUGUUGUAAACUUUUAUUGUACGCAAAUGAGUCUUGUGAUGAGCAUGCGGUUUAUUUUCGGCGAUGAUUGAAAUGACGUGCUAUGUAAAUUCUUUUUUGAUCUCUGGCAAUGAUGUUAUUUCUCUGGCAUCGAGGCCCUUGAAUUUUCGUGUAUUUAUACACGCGUAUAGCCUGCGACCGCAGACGUUAUGUCCGGUCGUCACUAACACGCGUACUAAAUCAAUUCAGAAACAAAUAAAAAGUAUCGACGUCGAUAAAGUAGGUAGUAACAAGAAGGCGCUUACAGCGGCAUUCCAUCUCGCCUGCUUGGAGAUUAGAUCGAGAAAUGAGGAGGCGAUCAAUUCUACAAGAAACAUGAUUUACUCGCUAAAGGUUUUUUACUUCCUAAAUUAUCGACGUCGACACUUUUUAUUCGUUUCUGAAUUGAUUUAGUAUGCGGUUAGCAACGACCAGAAAUACGUCUCCAGAAGCAGGCUAUACGCGUGUAUAAAUACACGAAAAUUCAAGGGCCUCGAUUCCAAAGAAAUUACAUCAUUGCCAGAUAUCAAAAAAAUGAUUUACAUGGCACUUCAUUUCGAUCAUCGCCGAAAAUAAAUCGCAUGCUCAUUACAAGAGUCAUCUGCAUACAGCGAAAGUUUACCACACCCGACCAUCGCAAUUUUGCUAAUUAAGAGCACUCAGUAAUGUUCACUUGUUCUAAAGUAAUCAACGCUUUCAAGCGAUAGAGUUCGUUUCGGAAAAGCUCUAAAUUUAGUGAUUUUUUAAUCUUUCCUGAGCUUUAUUCGCAAAACAUGCGUGGCUUCGAUCAUGAAACGAUUCUUAGUCCUAGUUUCCACGGUGUCCGCAAGGAACGCCUGGCACAAUGACCCCCGAUCUGUGACCCAAACCAGACAAAAAAGUCAGGGGGGUACUUCCAGAAAAAUUGGGUGGGGAUGUGCGGCACGCUUCCUGAAACCCUUACCCUGCUUCAGACCAAAAUCUGUGACCUAUUUCAGACCUGAAGCCCUGGAGCCCAGCGCGUGACCGGAGCGCGUGACAAGCUGUUACGGCACGUACACGGUAGUUGGCGUAAACAUUAAAAGGGAAACAAUCUUAUCGCCAAAUGCUGAAGAAGUAGCUAAUUCUUCUAAAAAGCAUAUCCAAUUCAAGACUAGAGUGCACAAACCAUACCCUAUUUCAGACCAAAAUAGUCGAGACUGAUACCCUUUUUCAGACCAAAACGGCUGAAAACCAUACCCUUUGGCGCUGCACAUACCCAUAUAGCCCAUAUAAGGGACUAUCCCCCGGAACGAAAAACUCCUUGCAGGUUAUGAGUCUCAAUGCUUACGCAAGCGAGCCUAAAAAAACCUUUAGCGAGUAAAUCGUAUUUCGUGUAGAACUGGCGGCCUCCUCAUUUAUCGAAUCUACUCCCGAGGGUCCGAUCGAGUGUAAGAAAAAAAAUGUAUUUGAUCAAGGAGUAAUUGCGGCAGGCGACAAGAGGAGCCCGCAGUCCUAAUUUCCAUCACGCUAUCACUUUACGUUUUGUAGGCAGCUUCGUUUCGACUUCCACUAAGAAUGCAGUGGAAUUCAGAAGUCGCAAUCUGAUAACACUCUUCUGGACUUUCUAUCACUCGUUAUCUGAUUACGCCUGAUUUGACUUUCUAUCACUAAAACUUACGCAAAACACAGCGUUGGUUGAGCAGGACCAUCAUGUCAGACUUUCGCUGUCGUCCGCAUUCCGUAACCUUAAGUACAUAAUAUAUCUUUGUUGUCACAUAUUGUCCUGCGUAGAAUUGAUUCAAGAUGCAUCUUAACUAAAAUUAAUUAUCAUUCAGAUGUAGACGAAUGCCGGUCCAGCUCUCACAAUAAUUGUAGCAACAAUGCGAUCUGCAAUAACACCAAAGGUUCCUUUAACUGUAGUUGCAAACCAGGGUAUAGCGGAAAUGGCCACAACUGUUCAGGUGGGUGCUUGCGAAGUUUUAUAUUAUAUUAUUUACUUAGGCUUGUCAAUCAUUGCAGAGUUACCGUUACAGCCCACACUGAAUUACUGGGGCCCGUAACAGUUCCUUCCCUCAUGAGAAAUAGACCACCACACCGGAGACUACGUCCCCGGUCCCCAGCUAUUUACGAACAGUAGGUGGGUUCUUUAUCGUCCAAAAGAAAUUAUUUGUGCCAGGGUUGUGAGACGGAGACUACGGUUUAUCGUCCUUAGCCGAGAAGACUAGAAAGUCUAACCGUUUGCAGAUUUCUUCACCGUGUCUUUUUUUUUUUUUUUUGCAUCUGUUUACCUUCUAGUUUUGAGUAAUUUUGGUUAUAAAAAAUAAGUGAAAUGAAAGGCACACAAGCACAGAACAGCUAUUACAUUAUGUAAGCGGCUAUUCGAAGUAUAGGAAAUACAGGAUAUUACAUGGCCGCGCGAGGAUACGAAUUUUAUUUUCUAGUGCUGAAAGUAUCUCUCACGAGUGAGCGAAGCGAACGAGUGAGAGAUACUUUCAGCACGAGAAGAUAAAACUCGUAUCCGCAAGCGGCCAUGUAAUGUUCUGUUUCUUUUAUAGAUACUGAUGAAAUUCCUACAUAAAACACAACUUUUUUUUAUUCAUUUUCGAAACAGCAAAAUAGUGGAAUUAAAGUGGUUAUCUAUCGCAAAAUGCCUGUCACAAAAACGUUAUGAAACUCGGAUAUAAAGAUAUAAAGGAGAAAUAAAGACAAUAAUACUUAUUUUUUCUCUUCCAAAAAAUCAAAAUUUUAAUGAAGAGGAGAAAAAGUGUAUGUUAGUAACCAUGGCGACACCAAUAUCCUCACACGUGAAAGAUAAAGAUAGUAUCUUCACUGCGAGCGAUGAAGAUAUGAUUUUUUAGUAAAAGGAAAAAUCCUGGUAUUUCAUAAGUAUCUAUAUAAUAAUACAAUUUUCUGGUAUGAUAUGCUUUACGCCUCGUAUCAUGUUAGAAACCAAAGUUAAAUAUAUGCGGUUCUUUUGUUAUUGAUGCAAACAAAUUGGUAGUCUGCUACACAGCCGUUUUUAGUGUCGUCACGCAAUGCUCCUCCCCACAAAGGGGAGGUUAGUGGGGAGGAGCGUUGCGUGACGACACUAAAAACGGCUGUGUAGCAGACUAACAAAUUGGCAGCGAGUUUUCAAAACAAAAAAGUGUUUAUUGUCACAUUAGCAGUGCCUGUAUACUGUUUCAAUAAUCAGACGAACACUUUGUUGUGGAAUUCCUCUAAUACGACAGAUAAUGCACUUUUGCAGCGUUUAUCUUUAUCUUUUCUCGUACCAGCACCUUUAAAUUUACUGGGUUUAUUCUUCAGACAUAGAUGAGUGCAACGCUGCAAAUAAUAGCUGUCAUGAAAAUGCUUGGUGUAAUAACACUCAGGGAUCAUUCACUUGCUCCUGUAAGCCAGGGUACGAAGGCGAUGGAUACAAUUGUACAGGUAAAAUUCUUUGGGUUUUUUCAAGUCCAUUUAAAACAAUUCUCGACAAUUCGCCUUAGUUUGAGAGGUGACUGCUGACAUGUUCUGAAAUCAAUGCGGAAAAGGGAAUGUGUUUUAACCGUAACUGACUAUAUAUGGAGGAUAUUACACGGUGGCGCGAAGAUAUGAAUUUUAUUUUUGAGUAGCAAAACAAUAUUUUACGAACGAGCUCAGCGAGUGAGUUAAAUAUUGUUUUUGCCACGAGAAAAUAAAAUUCAUAUCUUCAAGCCGCCGUGCAAUGUUCUUUUUAUUAUAUAGACAAAAAAACAUCGAUAAAAUAAUAGAGGGAAAUUACCGAAAUUGCGUCAUCGAUAAAACUCACGUGUGAGAUAAUGGAAAAUACACCAUUGGGGGCCCGGAUGUAGUUUUUAUGAAUUUUACGGGUGGUAUAUUUCCCAGUAAAAAACUCGUGACUAUAUAUCAGUGUAUCACGUGGUUUUGAUCAUGCGCAGUAGCAUGUUUAUCCGUAGCCGUAGUCCGUAGUCGCCGUAUCUUAAACUCCCUAUUGUUUUGCUGCGGAGCCCGUAGCCCCAGAUAUUAAAGGGACUGGUUCACGAUAAUGCGCAUGCGCGCCGUUUGUCUGUUUAGAAUAAAUUUAUUGGGUCAACACUAAAUUCGAAAUCGCCACUACCGGUACAAUCAUUGAAAAUCCUUCGUUUUAUUCGGACAUCCGUCGCUUUGGCUGGUCUAGUUAUACUUCGGUAGUGGUGAUUAACGUGUGGUUGUGUCGUUUGACUGGUUAUGUUUUAAGAAGACGCAAAAAAUAAUGUUUUGAUCAUGGAGGUUGAGAAGAGCAUCGUGGCCGUCCGGCAACAGGACGUUCUCAAGAGUCUCUGGAGAUAGAGAAGCUUAGCCUAUCGAUCUGGUAUGGUUCUAGGAGUAGUGUGUGGCAUACGAAAAGAAUACACGACACUUGAAAAGUGGUUAAAGGCAUGAGUUCGUUCAACUUUGAUUUGAUUUUUGACUCCGACCUGUAGUUAUACCGCAACAGGCCGCGCGAUCUUCACCGAUCUGGUACACUUGAAAUGUUCCUUGUAUCUUUGCUUUACGAUCGUAUAUGUUUAAGAAUUGAUGUUUUUAAAAUAAAUUAUUGCCUGAAUAUUCUGUUCAUAAUCUAGUUUCUUUAUGUGUGCUACUCGAUAACAUUUGUUUUGCGGAACACUGACCCGAUGCAACGCGAAUGAAUUUGUUUAUUUGCUGAUAAGCAAUUGAAAUUUAUGCUCAAUUAAGGAUAAUCUUUAUACUCAUACUGUUAAGGAAGCGAUGGAAUACAAACUUUAACGCUUGAACACAACUUUAAUCCGCUCGAUUUACAAUGCACCGAUUUACAACAGGUUGAUGUACUACCCGCGAACCCGACUUACAACAAAUCUACGAGCGACUAGCAAGGAAGUCACGUGACGUGUUAUCUACAUAAUUUAUUCUACUCUCACAGGUCCAGUCUCACGGGGCUUUUAAUGACCCGAGUACGAGUACGACGAUGGGCCGUAACAUUCUCCCCACCUUGUCCUCCUUCGGGGAGGACAACUCUUUUCUUAGGCUUACGAAUAGGUACACUUUUAACAUUAACAGAGUUCGCUCGAGGCUUCUCCCCACCGUCAACAGGAACAUCAGCUUCACGGGUAACUUGUGCGGCAGCUGCAUCAAUUUCCAAUCUGUGUAAGCGUUGAACAGGCCUGUUGAAUACACCUUUCUGUGCUUUCACGGUAGCCGUUCGCACGAGUCCGUCCUUACCAGGAUGAACCUUUUCCACCCUGGCCAUUGGCCACUUGGUACGCGAUACAUUAUCAUCUGAGACCGAUACGAUAUCACCUUCUCGAAUGGAGGGGUUUUCCUCUCGCCAUUUACUUCUCACGGACAGAAGGUGCAGAUAUUCUCGUUGCCAACGUUUCCAAUAGUGGUUGAGUAGUCUCUGUAGGUAAAGAUACCUUUCGACAGUUCUUUUACUAGACUCCUCCAAGCUUUCUUCUUUACUCUCAGGUAACUGGUUAAUCGGUCUACCAAUUGCAAGAUGAGCAGGUGUAACCGGCAAAGGGUCUCUGCAAUCGUCGCUCACUGCCGUUAAUGGUCGCGAGUUGAUGAUGCCUUCAAUUCGAAUUAAUAAUGUGUUCAACUCAGAAAAGGUGAGAAGUGCCUUUCCAAGCACUUUACGCAAUGAUUCAGUGAUUGCUCUAAAAAAUCGCUCCCACUAUCCGCCUCGCCAUGGUGAACGCUCGGUGAUGAAUUUCCACGUAAUCCCUUUCGACGAGAGCUCAGAAUUAAUUCGAUUUCGAUCCAAUGUAUCCCACACCGUUCGACGUUGAGUACUAGGAUCAUACAAUUUCUGGAUUUCCUUGCUUGCAGCCUUAAAGGUUUUUGCGUUGUCGGACCACACUGUAUGGCAAAGACCUCUGCGGCUUGUCAUGCGACUAAAGGCUUGUAGGAACUCAUCAGUGGUAAGGCUGUGUGUUAGUUCCAAGGGAAUCAUACGAGAUGAUGCGCAUGUGAAUAGACAAACGUACACUUUCUGUAUGGUUGAACUUUCUUUUACAUAGAGAGGUCCUGCGAAGUCAGUUCCAACAUGCGCGAAAGCUGGUGAACAUGAAACUCUCUCUUCCGGCAAUGGGCCCAUUUUCUGCGCGCAAGGUCCAACUCGCUGUUUUUGGCAAGCUACGCAUCUUCUGAUAACACGUUUGACUUCUCGUCUCCCUUGGGUCAGCCAAAUUUUCUGUCUUAAGGUUGACAGUAUGCUUUCUGGGCCCGCAUGUAACAUGAUCUCGUGUAGGUCCAGUACCAUCUUUACGACUUCGGGAUGUCCGUGAGGCAAUAUUACUUGAUGCUUGGUCUGUUCAAGUAGAUCAGCAAACUGCAGUCGGCCACCAACUCUUAUAACCUGAUCCUCUCUGUCAUAAUACGGGUCUAGUUUGAGAAGGCGACUGUUCUUGGGAAGAGUUUGUCCGGACUUUAGCAACUGGUAAUCUUCUUUAUAGACCUCUUCCUGUACCCACUUACAACACUUAAUCUCUGCCUUCUUCACUUCUUCUGCCGACAGUUCACUUUCAGAAGACUUACAUUUAGUCUUGAACAACUUGACUGCUCUCAGUACAUAAGCGGUUACUCGAAUCAACUUUAACCAUGUCCCGUAACGCGACAUAUCAAUUAACGGCUCUCUAACGACUGCUGUACAACCAUGAGCAAUUUUCCUUUCCUCUUCGCAUACCUCAGAGGGAACAGUACCACCUUGGGGCUGAACGGGUAAAGGUUUGUCACUCGAAGACAGCCACCGAGGUCCAUUCCACCAUAAGGUAUUGGCAAUCAUAUCAUCACAGCUCAACCCACGCGUCAACAAAUCUGCAGGAUUCUCCUUACUAGCACAGUACCUCCAACACUCAGGAUCCCACGUAGACUGUAUUUCCGCCACUCGAUUCGCCACAAAUGGUUUCCAGCGAGAACUCUGACCUUUUACCCAAUGCAGUGCCACCAUACUAUCAGUCCAACACACAACACUACUCACUUCCAUAGGCAAAGUGUCUACAACAAACUUCAACAACCUGGCAUUUACAACUGCUGCUAAAAGUUCCAGUCUGGGUAGUGACACUUUCUUUAUAGGUGCAACUCCAUAUCUAUUUGCAAGGCUUUGGCUUUGCGUCUGAUCGCGUUAAUCUCUUGAAUUUCUACUUCACUCGAAGACUCCGCUGACUCAGCAAGAUUCAUUUCUUCCUUUGACUCUGGUUUGACAACAUUUGAUUUUGAAUCGUCUACCAACCUUUCAAUCAAGACCUUCUUUUUUCCAGUAGUUGGUAAUCCCUUUUCUUGAAGCAGCUUUCGCAGCUGAUCGACUGUAAGUUGCGAUAAAUCAUCAUUUUCGGUCUUUGGACUGGCGGCCAUCUUAUCGCCCACGUGGUGAUGACCUUGCGAAGAAUUACAAAUUUACUGUUCAACUGUCACCUUGUAUCCGGCUGUGAAGGACCAUGUUAAGGAAGCGAUGGAAUACAAACUUGAACGCUUGAACACAACUUUAAUCCGCUCGAUUUACAAUGCACCGAUUUACAACAGGUUGAUGUACUGCCCGCGAACCCGACUUACAACAAAUCUACGAGCGACUAGCAAGGAAGUCACGUGACGUGUUAUCUACAUAAUUUAUUCUACUCUCACAGGUCCAGUCUCACGGGGCUUUUAAUGACCCGAGUACGAGUACGACGAUGGGCCGUAACACAUACGUUGUGUGUUUUUGUCACCGGUCCGGCGCUAUUUGUAGGUAUUUCUGGGUUUAUAUAAGGCGAACUGAGAGAACAGUAAUAAGAUGUUUGCUUACAAAUUUUGUUUGCCGAUCGGUGACUGUUUUGUUAGCGUGGGUACGACCUCGUAAAAAUACACGUUGGUAAAUGUUUGUUUCAAAGCAGGACAGGGCUGUAAAUCUUAUUCUUAUCGGCUGCAUAUGUAUAUCUGAGGAGUAGCAAAGAAUAAAAUUGAAUUAUGGGGAUAAAUAAAAUCAAACCAAAUGCCCGGAAAUACUCUCGCGUCGCGAACAAUUAAUUUGAAUUUUGUAAAUUUACUUGCGUGCAUCUAACUCGCUUCCGAUUGGUUGAAAAACAAUCAGCUACUGUCAGAACUCACACAUGCGCAUUAUCGUGAACCAGUCCCUUUAAAAUUCGGACAUUCUUGUACAAAGAUAGCGUCAUACCGUGCUUUGUUUGUUGUUUUUUGAGAAUCGGAACGAAGAUAGUAAAAAAACCCAGUAAACUAGACUGAGGCUAAACAUCUGGUUCUCAUGUUUGUCUUCGUCAAAUGUCCUCUGUACAUGUCUGGCCAGGAGAUAUAUUCGUAAGUCAGGAAUUCAAAAUCAAAUAAAAACAAAGUCACUGUCUUGGACACGUUUGCUGGUUCUUCUUGAUCUUCUCGUUGAAACUUCCUCCUGCUCACUCAGACUCAGUGGGCGUCAUUGUAUCAUCCUCGUCUAAUGCCAAGAGCAUUGUUUUUUCAUACCACUAUUCAUGAACUCUUACGGUCCCCUCUUAACAACAUAGGCAAUGUCAUAGUCUAGAAUUCCUUGCGAUACUUCACUGACGUUCUCAAUACCAGAAUCCGUGAAAUCAAAGGGUGAGAAGAUCCUCUGAGAACCAGAGGCAUUUGCACCUUAUAUUAAACGCAUCCAUUGAUCAUGAUUCAUAAAUAACUCUAGAUAACUGUGAAAAGCAAAUAAGCUCUCUGUUAACAUAACGAAAACUAAUUAUAUCAUUUUUGCAGCAAGGCAAAAACCAGUCGGCUUCCCAAUAAAUCCUGUCUUGUACGAUGAGGUUUUAUUAAAACAAGUAAAGGUAGUUAAAUUUUUAGGGGUUUUUAUCGACGAGCAUCUAACGUGGAAGCCGCAUAUUACUUAUAUAUGUAAGAAAAUUUCAAAAUCUAUUGGCGUCAUGUUUAGGUCUCGUUUCUUUCUUUCUGAAACAACAAAAAAGUCUCUUUAUUAUACCUUAAUUUAUCCUUAUUUAACAUAUUGUACCACAGUUUGGUCCUCCACUUAUGUAACAAACCUUAAUAGAAUUUUUCUUCUACAAAAGCGAGCAGUACGAAUUAUUACAAAUGCAGAUUUUCGCGCGCACUCUGAACCAUUAUUUUUCCGUUUAAAGAUUUUGGACAUAUACAACAUUAAUUCAUUCUAUACUGCACAAUUUAUGUUUUCAUAUUAUCAUCAAUUACUGCCACCGCUUUUUUCGAACCUUUUUGUUACUAGUAGCAAUAUUCAUAAUUAUAAUACUAGAAGUUCCUCGCAUUUUCGUUCUCAUGCCUGCCGAACUAACACCAAACAAUUUUCUAUUUUGUUCCAAGGCCCUAAAAUUUGGAAUUCUUUACCAAACUCAGUCACUUCGAUUUUUACAUUGCAAUCGUUUAAAACGAAAGUUUUUGAUUUUCUACUAUAUCGAUAAUGCGUCUUGUACUGUCCGUUGUUGUGUGUUGUUAUAGUUCUACUGCUUAAUAUUAUUGUAACGAGGGGGCCUCCUCGUACAAGCCUUGUGGUUUUCUGAGGUCCCCUCGCCACAUCUUUGUAUAAUGUAAUGCUUGUGUAAUCUUUAUUGUGGGAAAAUAAUAAAUAAAUAAAUAAAUGAAACACGAGUAGAGUGGAGGAAAACUUAUAAAAACAGCGUUUAGAAAAUAGAAAUUGCUGUAUUUCCUCAAUCCUAGGAUUUGCUUUUGGAUUAGAGCAAAAAAGCAUAGCGGAGCCUGGACCCCUUGAUCAAUUUCUCGGGAGCCCUGAAGCCCUGUUUAUUUUGGUUCGGAGCCCCGGAGCUCCGGUAUUUUGAGUCCGGAGCCCCGGAGCCCAAAACCCCUUUGGGACCCUGAUAAAAGAAAUAAUUAUAUUAUACUGGUGGCUAUAUUGUCUACCUGUUUGUUCAGGUAGAAUAAAUUUAAUUUUUACUAAAAUUAUCUUUCAGACUCAGACGAAUGCCUGAACAACUCUCACAAUUGCAGUGAAAAUGCCACCUGUACCAACACCGAAGGGUCCUUCAACUGUAGUUGCAAACCAGGGUACAUUGGAAAUGGAUACAACUGUUCAGGUUGGUUCUUGGAAUUCCCGUCUCGCUUUCCGUUAGUUUUGAGACUUCUGGUUCAGCACAAUCGGGGUUAACGUCCAGCAAUGAACUUUUAUAAAUUGAAGUAAAUUGUAGGAAAUUGUUACUCGCUCUUUCAUGAUAAUUUCAUUUAUUUAUUCAAAUAUUAUUUACUCACUUAUUCAAAUCUGACAUCUCAGUCGUCACGUGUUGUGGAUAACGACUCAGAGCUCAUCUCAUCUCUAUAUUUGCACAACGCGGAAAACCAAGAGGGAGUAACUUUUAAUCCCCUAUUCUGUAUUACGAUGGGAGUAUAAGAUAAGAUGGUUGACCGAGAUAAACGGUAUCCAUUUAUGAUCGCAAUUCUUAGAAAAAGAGAGAUCUGGCCGACAGCUUUUUCAUUUCUGAGAAGGUGGCUUAGUGGGUGGAAAAAUUCUGAUUUCAGUCACACAACAAACCAGUUACAUUUCGACAAACAGCUCUUGCACAAUUUUACGUUGGAUAGGAUUAUGAUUGAUAAUACGACUAAUAUGCCUGCCAGGUCAGGUUGUGGACUGAUAAAUGACGAAGCUCUUCUUGGCGGGUAUGAAUGAAGACACUACAUCAGAACGUAUUAACUAUUAACACAGAUCACGACAUUAUUAAGAGGCUGUCUCAGUAAAAACCGCCCACUCAAUUUCGCGUGAAAAAUAAUUUUGCCUGAAACUCUGGCGAGUGAAAGGCUUUAUCGAGACUAUAACUAAAAUAGGUUUGCUUUGAUUCACAAUAAUUUUCUGGCCGCGCUGGAGUGGGGGGCGGGGGAGGGGGCACCGAGUAUUUUGUCCCGCCACAGCCAUUUUGCACGUCUUGAGAACUGAAAAUUUGGCAUUUUUGCGGCGCUUUUCAAUGUUUGAUUUGCACCAUCUCUAGUUUUUCCUGAAAGUAAUAGUUAUCCGCUAAAUUUAGGUGGAAAGACGAAAUCAAGCAAAAUAUGACCCCAAAUAAUUGCCUUGGAGUGAAAGGCCAAAAAUGGCCCUGUUUUAAAAGCUUAUUCCUGACGUUUGGGACAUAGUUGAAAGCUCUAGACUAAAUAGACGCAAAGAUAGACCAUCUGUUAUUAAUAAUAUACAAAACCCCAUGUACGUUUUCAGUAUUUGAAAAGUUAUGACCGUUUGUAUCAGUGCGUAUGAGAGCUAACACAAUAUUUUCAGGCUUAGCCUAACGGAGAUAUCUCCUGCAGAUUUUGUCGGUUGUCGGUUAAAAUUCAGUUACUUUGUCGGUAGUCGGUUAAAAUUUUCGAUCUUUGUCGGUAGUCAGUUAAACUUUUUGAUUUUUGUCGGUUGUUGAAAAAUCUCGGUUAAUAAGUAAAAAUGCUUGUUAAUUAUUAAUAUUUUUUAUGUAUUUCACCCAGUUUCAAGACUUCGUUCCCUAAGGAAACAGUAAAACUUGUAAGAAUGUAUCAUUUGAUUGCACUUUAACUUCAUUAUCUCUUGUUUAUUUAUGCAACAUGAUCGUUUAUUUCACCAUUGUUUGCCAAAUGAAUAUCAUGAGCACUCUGAUAAAUCACCAAACCUUUUGUUGUAAAUGCGAAGUUGGUUACCCUGUCGACUACAGGGCACAGUAGCGUUUUGGAUUCUUAAAUUAUUCUUAGGGAAAAACUGCAAGGGGUGACAGGCUGCACAUCUAUACUUUUAAUGUUUUGGCUCUAACAAGCAUGUCCUCUGCCAUAUUUUCCUUUCUCAAAGAAAUAACACUUUAACCCUCGGACGUACAAGGGGUGGGGGGGGUGUGGAUGCCACCCCCCUUAGGUUUUUCUGGGAUUUUUCCAAGAGGAUAAAGCAUCAGCACCUAACGUUUUCAGUAGAUGGUCGUUUAUCCCUCGCACGCAUUUUGAGACAAGUUCAGUGAUGAUCAGUUUCUAUGGUUACGAGGUAUGUUGGUAUGACGUAAUAAGUAGCAGGUGUACAAGCCAUUUUGAGAGAAAAUGUAUGUUUUUCCAACUUUUUUCAACAAUAAAAGUAAAUCUUGUGGCUAAAAUCAUGCAAAGUGCUCAUUUCUGUGUUAUUAUUCACGUCAAGCAAUUACCAUUUCACGCUGUUUUAACCUGAUUUCUAAUUCUUGGUAAAAUCCAAGAUAACGGCCAAGGUGGCGACCAUUGUCGGUGACGUCACAGGCCUCCAGCAGCGCCACCAUUCAUAAAAUAUACCUCAUCUUGUUAAGAAGAUCAAAGGCUUUUCAGUGAAGGCAAAAUCGCUUCGAAAUACUGCAACAUAUCAAAAACUCUGAGGAGGGGCAGUGGCGAGUCCAGGGGAGGGCCCCCCUUAUUUUUCGACCAAAAUGAGGCCCCAUGGGCCGAAAAAAGUUUUUUUGCAGACCGCUCCCCCCCCCUUAUCUCAGGGUCUGGAUGACCGCCCCCAACCCCCACCCCCCACCCCCCUUAUCUGAAGGGGAUCUGGAUGCACCACUGAGGGGUUCCAUCUACCCUCUUCUUGUACCAUGGUGGGGGAUAUGAUUUUGCGUGUAGGUCCGAGGGUUAAGUGGUUCUUUAAAACUUUGGCAAGGUAGUGGUUGGUUUUGUAUGAGAUUACACUUAUUCAUUAAAGCUUCUUUUAUAAUAGACACUAAGGGCUUGUAUUGUGUCACGAAAGGCAAUAUUUCUUUUUCUUCCUUGUUGUUUUGUUUCAGGAGCGCUGCUUUCCUUCUGUGAGUUUUACUUCUAAUAACAAUUUGUCUUUCAAAAUUGUGUGGCUAGCCUCUGUCCAUCUACCGCUUUUUGAAAUCUUAAAUACUUCCUUAGAGGAGUUUGUUCGUAGGAUUCUGAAGGCUUCUUGUUCGUCAAAUCCAUUUUAACAAUUGGUGGGUGAUAAGAGGUGAAAAUGUAUAUACUGGAUGGUGUCCUUUUAAAAUGCGUCUUUACGUCAAUGAUAUAGCUUUUUCGCAUUUUUCGUUCAAUGUUGUGCCUUGGUAUCCAACCGGGUCUUAAAGGAUUGUCUCAGUGUCAGAUAUUUCGGUCGUAAAUUUCACAGCCAGUAGAGCAGUAGGGUGAAGUAAGUUUACUUGUUCCGUGAAUUUGAAGAAAUCUACCAUGUCUGGUUUACUUAUGACCCAUAGGGAAAAAAUACAUCUAUGAAGCGUUUUUAAAGACGGCUUUGCUUAAACUUUGUGUUUCAAUAUAUGCGGCCAUGAAAAUCUUGGAAAGGAAACUGCUGUUUGUGCUCACCGCAGUAUGGUUUUUUACUGAUAAUGCUUUCCAUUAAACUGGAAAGAACCGAAAGAACUUUCGGACCGAAACAAGAAACGUUCAGUUUUUUCGCCUUUGUCUUUUUAAUAAGAUUUAUAAAGUCGGUAGCAUCUUUAAGGUGUGGCUUUUGUGAUUAUGAUAUUGGUUAUAGUAUUGUACCCGUAUCAACAAAAGAGAAAUUUCUUGCUGUUAGACCAUCUGAUGAGUCAUAAAUUUAAAGAGGUUACUUCCUAACGGCUAGAAAAAAAAUGCAAAAUGCUCUUUUUUCUGAAAACAAAUAUUGAUAAUGUCAGCCCAUGUCGGUAGUCGGUUAAUAUUUUUCCUGUCGGUAGUCGGUAAUUUUUUACUCGCUUUGUCGGUAGUCAGUUAUAUUUUCCGCCUCUUGUCGCUAGUCGCUUAACCCCAUUCACACCCUCAUACUUGUCUCCGAACAAUAUUGGGGGGGCAGGACCAAUAAAACCCUAUUUAGUAAGAAUCAUGGCUUCAGUUUAGGCUGGAUGCUCAACUUAGACCUAAGGCUCCAGAGUCUUAAUUCAUCAAAGACUUUGUUCAAUUUAAGACAGACCUCAUCAAAGCUUUUCCCUAUACAAUAUAUUGUAGUGUCAUCUGCAUACAUAAGUACUUUUCCAAGUGUGAUAGCAUCAGGUAGGUCGUUUACAUAAAUAGAGUAUAGUCUUGGUCCGAGCAUAGAACCCUGAGGAAUUCCAUACUGAACCAAAGUCAAGUCGGAUAUGUAGCCAUUCAACAGGGUGCAUUGACACCUGUCGUUCAAGUAAUUCAUCAUACAUUCAUGGAGGUUUCCAAAAAUACCUACAGCUUGUAACUUGAGUGAAAGGAUGUUGUGUGAGAGACUGUCGAAAGCCUUUCUAAAGUCUACAAAUAUUGUUCCUACAGUCAAGCCUUUAUCCAAUUCCAUCUUCCAUCUGUCAGUCAAUGACAAGAGCAUUCCUUCCGCAGAGAGGCCUUUUGCAAAGCCCCAUUGUGCUGGAUUUUUUUUAAGGAGUGUUUACUUAGAUGAUCGUCUAAUAUAUCACAAACUUGGUGCUCCAGUAUUUUACUAGGGAUGCUAAGUAAGGAAAUAGGCCUAUAGCAAGGAAAUAGUAAGGAAAUAGUAAGGACAUAGGCCUUAUCAUAAUUUGGCAUUCACCAGUCUCUCCAACAUUGCUCCGUUAGAGAGACUAUGGAUAAUUGGACAACCCCGAAAUAUAAUUUUAAGGAACACACGCGCCACGAUAGUCCUUGGUGGCAGCCAAUUUACACGUUGCAUUCCUCUGUCUAAAAGAGAGGCCAAAUAAAAAAAUCAGGCCGUUUUUUUGUGUUCGACAAGUUUAGUUUACAAGUAAAUCCUGGCGACGAAUCUGGUGGCGUGUAAACCAGUCUUUUAAACAUACUUUUUCUCAUCACGUCUCGGGUAAACAGUACUAUGAGGCCCCUUUUUUUAAUCGUAAAGACCUCGGACAGAAUUUGCUCUUUUUUUGCCCUAUUUAAGCCUAUAAUUCUGCAGUUUUUCACAAUUUUGCAAGACAAUUUGCACUCAUUCAUUCAUAUCCACGACGAUCAAAACACGCGCUUCCUGUGCACAACAAAUUAUAGCAUUGAAUUAUAAAACGUUUUCAUGAAGAGAAUUCCAUAAUGCCGGGACUUUUCAGUUAGAAAAAUCUGGUCCUAUGUGAUACGCAGGGUAAUAAUUAUGGGCUUUUAGUGAAAACGAUAGAAAAAUUCCCAAAAUCACUUUUCGGCCAGCCGGACGGGCUCUCACUUUUGACAGGCACCAAAUUUGCAGUGCGAUUAAUAGAGUUACCAUUUACGCUUCAACAUGAUAGAAAAAUUGUUAUGUUUAGGUUUUAUUUCCCUUUAUUUAUUAAACUGUGUAUGGUUUUAAUAUGUGUAAUCUUUAAAAGCGAGUGAUAUUUACGCGCGGCGUUUUGAGUAUUCCUGCAUGCGAUGUUUAUGUUCGACUGGAAACAACCGGUGCAGCGAUAAAAAUUGCGAGAGGGACUACUAACAAUCAAUAAAAUAAAUAUAAAUUCGGUGAAACUUGUACAGAGACAAUAAUUUCUAUUCACGAAGAGAAGUAUGAAAAUCAUGAGUCAGGUAAGCAUAAGCUUAUUUAUGUUUUAAGCCGGCUUCCCGGUGUUUGCUCUAUUUCAAGAUGAACUCGAGGCAAGAAAAUCGCUCAGAGCUUUCUGUUUACAGCCAAAUCAUAACUCAAUAAUCUUUGGAACCUUUUCUUUCAAUUUGCGGUCAAAAAAUGUCUAAAGGCUCUUUAAACCUGAUACUAUUGUAGGUUAGGUCAUUGCUCGUGUAUAAACUUAAGCCGCAUAAACCAUAUGCUCGACUUCAGGAAACCGAAAACUAAAAAAAAAAAUCAAAGACAAUAAUUGCUCAGGAUUACCAGUCGAGAUGCUGCUUCUGAAGGUCAUCAAGUGCUCCAGAAUCGCUUGAGACUUUUCAACCCUUUUACGCCUCAAGCAAGGGCAAGUGAGUAAGGUCAUUUUUGAAAACAAUGCCAUACGAAAUCGGAUUUCCAAUAACUUUGACAAGCGGUGCAUUUGUCAACAAAAAGUGCAAUAAACAAACUAGCCAUGAAUUAGAGAACAAUCUUGAUAGCAGCUGUAUUUCAUUUUGUACACCAGGUAGAAAAAGACAGUUUAAAACAUCAUAAGACGACACAAAUCUCUGUCAGCUCCAUAUAUCAGUGAGCAAGUUUCCAGACGCUGCAUAAAUUUUCUGCAUAAAAACUCGCCUGUCAAAUUUUGACCAAUCAGAACAUGAAAAUUGGACGUAGAGCGUGAUCAACGCGUGACAGUGAGAAAAGUCAAAAGCGAUUGCCUUCCUUGCAUGUAAAUGUAAAAAGCCGGUUGAAUUUUCGCGUCCGAGGUCAGAUCGAAAUCAAAAUUUUAAAAGUGCGGCUCAUGAACAAGACUUAUUUCAUAUGCAUUUUAUAAAAAUUGCACUUGAGCUUGCGAUCAUUUGAAAAGUAGCAACUUGCCAGCGGAUACCUUCAAAAAACACUGGAACUCAGUGGGUCGAUACCUGAGCCCGCGAUACGGUCAGGUGAUACCGGUCAGCAGAAACACUAUUUUGACAGCUGUCAAUUAAUCAAAACAUGGAUGUACAAUAUCAGGUUGCAGCCUCCUAAACUAGCUGGAAAGUGUGAGAUUAAACAUUGGUAUGCCUGUGGUGCCGACGGACGGAAGGUCGGGUGGUCGGUGUACGGUCACGUGAUUGCCGAAUUUUCUAGGAUGGAUAGGUUUUCUAAACUGUGGGGCUCCGAAUUGAGCCCGUGAUCAAGUAAAAUAUCAGCGCAAAACUUUAAACACUACGUGACCUCAAUGGAUAGAAAAAUGAGCCCGUGAUACACUCAGGUGAUGAUGGUCAGCGUAUACUCUAGUUUGACAGCCCUCAAUUAACUCCCAUUAGAAUGGCGAAUAUCGAAUUAACAGACUACGAGUGUGACUAAGACAUAUCCGUCCGGCAUGUAGUGGAAAAUGUCAGAUCGUGUGCCUGAGCGAACCUGAGCCCACGUUAUUAGUUUUCUGAGAGUGGUCUGCACAUGUCCCAUUUUGACAGCUGUCAAUUGACCUUAAUCUGGCUUGCCAAUAUAACUUUAAACGACUGCCCGGCGUAGUUUCGUUUUUAUGUUGAAUUGGUAAGUGUGACAUAUUAUAUCAGCUUAUAUGUAGGGGCAAAGCGACUCGUCUUUCAUCUGAGCCCGCGAGAGGGUCAAGUGAUAAUUGUCAGCGGAUAUCUGAUUUUGACAGCUGUCAAUCUAAUCGUACUCAUACGGAUGGCUUACAUAACUGAAAGGCUAGUCAAGUUGUGCAAGAUCUAUUUGACAUUUGACAUCGGCUUGCAUGAAGUGUGUGUACGGGUGGGCGGGCGGGCGGGCGUACGCUACGUCAUAACCAAAUUUUCUCGGAUGGAUAGUUUACCAAAUUUUCUUACCCAUGGUGCUCCGCUGCGCGCGCGCGAAGCGCGAGAGAGCUGCGCUAAGACUGCCAAAAGUGAAGUUAAUUUUUAAUUCUUAUAAAACAACGAUUAACAAACUGGCCUUCACGUUUGACCAAAUUUAAAUGAAUAGACUAACUUCUAAGCUAAACCCAACAGACGCAACGGAUGAGUGUCACCCGCACAUUUUUAAGUCGGAUUCUUUGAAGGUGCCAAAGUUGCUUUUUAAAUACCAUUAUUGCGCAGGCGAAAAUCUAAUCGUCUGUUCACGAACAAAUCUAACGACAAACUGCCUCAUCUGGCCGUGUCUGUACGAGAAAACCCUCGUAAAAAUAAAUUGGAUCGAAAUGAACAAAUCAGAAUAAGGCUGCGUUUCCUAAGAGGUCCUCAUAUUUGACAUAAAAUAAUGUAAUGUACUUUUUUUGUAAAAGGCAGACCUGGUUUACUAAAGUAAAGAUCUAAUCAGCCAAACAAGUGGGGGGGAGGGCUAAAGCCCCCCCCAGCCCCACCCCCUGCUCGGUCUCUGAAAUGUGCUUUAGAAACUGCUGGUAUGCGGCCAUUUUUGAAUCCCAUGCUAACAGUCCGAAGCUCAAAACAGGUGAAACUGUGUCACGUUUCGAGCUAAAUAGCUUGGUAAAAAAACCAUCCAGAGGUGAAAGUUUACUCGGGAAUCAGAAAAUCAACUGGGAAGGUCUCAUUUUGGAUCAGAAAAUUGAGAUUUCAGGGCUACAACAUCGAAUAAACCUUCUAUUCAACUGACUCUGCAAGGUCAAAUGCAGGUUGACACGUAAACCGGAAAUGUUGAGACGCGGAAAUAUGGAAAACCGGAAAUGCAGAAAUGCGGAUCAUCCGGAAAUCAGAAGCUGAAGGCAAUCCCAACAAUUAGGGACAGCUGCAUUCGUUUAGGGCUUCUUUUCGACGUUUUCAAGACGUGCAAAAUGGCUGUGGCGGGACAAAAUACUCGGCGCCCCCCUGCGCUGCCAGAAAAUUAUUGUGAAUCAAAGCAAACCUAUUUUAGUUAUAGUCUCGAUAAAGCCUUUCACUCGCCAGAGUUUCAGGCAAAAUUAUUUUUCACGCGAAAUUGAGUGGGCGGUUUUUACUGAGACAGCCUCUUCACACGGGGGAACUGAUUGUAUUUGUAGAGUUCGUACGAGAAAAGCUGAAUCACGAGAUCAUUAAAAAUUCAGAAGCAUGUACAAUGUAACUCUGUCCCAAAACAAAAACGAAUAAUUAUACAAAACUGGCAGUGCUCGAGGUGAUGCAUGGUUGGAACGCAUAUCAGCCAAUAAUCUACUUAAUUCCCUUAGAAAAUAUUAAUGUCUGUAGUCUUUUAAAGACACUAUUACUGCGAUGUCCAAUAGUCUUUGGACUACCCUAAAAAGGUUUGGUAUUAAUCUACACUUUCGUCAAUCCCUUUACUACAUCCUUCCGUCCACCUGGUCCACGAUUAUCCCAUAAAAAUGUAUGCAGUUUUAUCUCGCGUUCCAGUAAGAGAACACCUAAUCAGUUCGAUCUGCUAAGGUAUAUCCUUUGUUCAGCGUUCCUUAGCUGAACCGUGCUAUUACUCACUUUCACGCUCUCGUUCAUUUGGAGGUUGUCAGGUGGCUUUGCUGCUAUUCCGGCAUGUUUGCUACAGAGUUAAUGGUAUUCUUUCUGUUUUGACAGUUUUUCUUUUUUAAUGUUGUUUUCCCCCUUUCUCUUUGUUCAUUAUCACUCCAAUAUGCAUGCAUCAUGCAGGCAUGUUUUUUUUUUUAAAGAAAGAUUAGUCAUCCAUCCAUGUAGCCAUCCAUUCAUUUACUUUUUCACCUAUCUACCUUUCUGUCUAAUCUACGUGCAGGACAUGAGAAAAAUGAGACUGUUGCUGUGGUAUGCAGAGAAUAGAUUCACUGAUUCUCAUCCAAAAUAACCUUUUUGUAUGAUCCAUGUGUUUUCAUUUUCAGAAUUUUCAAUAAAUUCGACAAUAUUACAGGGAAAUCAGUAUUAUCUCCGACAUCUUCACCGUUUUCUUGCUGGCGCUCCUGCGGUUCGGGAGGAUUCUUCCUGGCUUCUUUGCUACCGUGCUACCUCACAUGAUUGGAAAGCCGAUACCUUCCAUCGUAGAUGCGACGGUAACAAAAAUACUGUGACCAUCGUACAGAAAGACCAAUAUGUCUUUGGAGGAUACACUGACAUUCCUUGGGGUAAGAUUGAUAUUUAACAAUUAAUGAAUGAGGCUGAGUAUCUUAUGAAGAAUUAUGGAUAUUGAGGAGGGUGUUAUCCUUCGAGGCCGUAGGCUGAGGCGGAUAACACCCUCCGAGAUCUCCAUAAUUCUUCUUAUUACACGGCUGAGUCUGUUUUCGCCAUGCGAUUGGUCAAUUUGCGUAACUUGCUAUAUGGACCAAAAUUUUUAAAGAAAAUGCUCCUUUCGAAGGUCUAAAUCUCUUUACCUCGGAAAAAAUGUCUAAAUAAAGUUAUAAGACGCCUGUCAACCUUGAGGACUUGAAUGCUGACUUUGGCCUGCAACAUUUUAAACUGUGUUUAUUUGUGAACGAAGGCGAUGGAGAAACGAACUCGUAAUCUUAUCAAAGACGAUUCUAGUCAGUGUUUGAAAAUUUUAUCGUAGUACACAAUUAAGACGACGAAAAUCGACUGGCAGAGAUUCGAGUUGUUGUGCCUAAGAGAAAAUGAGUAAUUCCUUCAACAAAUAUGAUAACAAACAUACCUGCACGAGAUCAUCUUGACUAGCUUCUUUGUCACUUGCAGUGAGUAGUAGGGCUUCAGCAAACUUAACCCCGUUGGUGGAUUCCCUUUGGAUUCCCUCGCAGAAAGUGGAUUCCCUUAAUUAAUAGGCAUAUGGUUUAGUCAAUGACGUCACCUAUUGUUAUAACCUGGGAAAAAGUGCCUUUCUCCAUACUAAUUAAGUGCCUAGUCAGUGUCUUCCUGCAUACUAAUUUGGGUUUCCUGCAUACUAAUUAAGUGUCUUCCUCCAUAUAUAAUGAAGUGGAUAGGUUUACUAAUGAGCGUCACUCUACUACAAUAGGCUUGCCUAGACUUGCCCGUGAAGUAACUUGAGCUCGGUUUUCGGACAGUCUAUUAAAAGGAAAAUAGGAAUAAGAGAAGCGAUCGCCUAGCAACGCGAGAAACGGCUUCCUAUAUUUUAUUUAGCGCUAAAACUCAGAUAUAUAAACAAAACACAUGUGCACAAAGUGGAGUUGAAAAGUCUUUAUUUCCGUUUAGUUUAUGUCUUCUUAUUGAGCUCUAAAACUCGGAUAUAUAUAAACAAAAUACAGAAAGUAGAACUGAAAACUCUAUUUCAAUUUUGUCUGACGUUUCCUCCGUUCUAUCUCAGGAAAUGAAAAACUAUUAAAGUCUUGUCGUUUUCACGCACGGUUAAUCAGUUAAUUAUGCGAGUUCACAAGCCCAAAGCUGAAUACAAAUUAGCUCUACAGCUAGACCCCAGGGAGCAACCUUGACGUAUUAUUAUAAAACAAAUAACUUAACAAGCAUCAAUUAAAACACGCGACUCAUAACUGCUAGCAAUAAAAACACAGGAGAGAUAUCGUUUUAAAAAAAUUUAUUAAAAAACAAUGACAAAAAGAGUCAAAUACACAGCGAUUUGUAAAGAAUGGAAAUUAAUUAAUUCCUUCUUCUUCGCCCAUGGAGUACUUGUAAGGUUUGAAUUUCUUAUGCCGACGUUUCUUCAGCUGUUUGCCAUGAGAUUUAUGAUCAUCCAAAUAAUUUAGAAAUUGAAUCCGACGCCUUUUGCGCUUCGGGCCUUGUUGUGAUGGGGUUUCUACUGUGGGAGGAGGGGUCAGGAAAGCAGAAUUAAAGGGUGGUGGAGGGGUGAGGCUUUCUUUGUCAGCUUUUUGAGAGAUAGCCGCUUGUGUUAAUACAGGUGUUACAUUAAAGGGGUUGAGGGGAGUCGAGAAUGCUGUCGUUGCUGUCGAAGAAUCUUGUGUCCUUGAUGUUAAGUCUGGAACAGUACUGAUUAUUUCUUCCGGACGUGUUCUUGUAUUCAAUUGUUCUUUAAAAGCCAGGUAUCUGUUUUGCAACUGAACGUAUCGCUUAGCUUUUUGAUCUUCCCGAAGAUCGUUUCGAGAAAGCACGUCAUCCAUGUCGCCCUGUAUUUCUUGCAUAGCUGGAAGAAGUGGGACAGGCGAAAGAGUUUGCUGCUUCAGAUAUUUUAGGAGCUCUUGAGGAAUAUUUUCUUGAAACCCUGCUUGGUUAAAGCCUUCUUCACUGGGCAGGACGUUUGUUCGCAACCGACAAUUAUCUUGGGUAGUAGUUUUCAGAUCAAUCAGAAGGUAACCAAAAGGUCUUUUUACAGCCUCUUCGUACUUAUUUAAAAAGAAAUCAGUCUGCCCAGGAUACAUUUGCUUCGCCAGGGUCAAGAUUUGCAAUUUGUCUCGUGGAUUCUUGAAUAUCACCAGAUAAUGGCUGUUCAGGCUUAUGCUGCGGCUACCUUUCCCCUGAUGAAAUAGAUUCUGCACGAUAUAAAUCACGCUCAGAUUGCGAUGAUGAGAACCACGAGUAAAGAGGUUCACAAUUCGCUUGUCUUUACUGGCGUCAAUCAUCUGAUCAUCAAACACGAUCAAAUUCCGUUUGUUCACAUCAAAAUAGGAAUCUUGCUCCAAAGCCGUAGGAAUUCCCUUAACGAAUUCAACAUUUGUGUAUACGCAGGCUGCCAUUGUGAAUAACACCAAACGAUCCUCUCCGGGGGAGGGUAAAUGGUCUCUGAAGCUUGUUGCAAUAGCGAUCGAACCCAGGCCGUUUUUCCGGACCCGGUCAUUCCGGCAAUCAUGGAGGUGAAAGGAUGCUCGAAGCGAAACCGCUGACAUUUCUGUGAAAAUAUUGGAACUGCUUGAAAUGGGGUGAGACCAGCAUUGCGGUGUUUAGACAUCACGUGCCUUUGCAUACUAUCUUUUCUACUAAAGGAUUUUUCGCAGACAGAACAGAACCAACUCAUGUCAACUCCUCAGGAGCAAAAUGUAGACUGAGAAGGAGGUAGAAUGUUACGCAUUUAUAUAGUUUUUCAGACCACAAGAUUCUAUUGUUUUCCUCACCCAAGACCACCACUACCACCACCACCACAUUUCUAUUGUUUUCUUUCCUCCACCACCGCCACCACAUUUCUAUUGUUUUCCCUCCACCACCGCCACCGCCACCACAUUUCUAUUGUUUUCCCACCACCACCACCACCAUCACCACCACCGCCACCACAUUUCUAUAGAAAUUGGUUUCCAACGUCUUCGCGUUUUUGUGUGUAACUGCUCUGCAAUCUUGACAUCGAAGAAAGCCCCCUUUCAUGUAAUGUCUCCCCUCGGGAAUCUGGUGAUCGCAUAUAGGACAAAUCUUGUAGUAAUCGUGCCAAAGGCAUUUAGGACAUUUCAUGAUCAAUGUCCCGUACACAUUAGAGUUCUCGCAGUGUUCACAGGGACUUUUGGAGUGAAAGGUGGUGGACGUUUCAGGGUUACUACUUUCUAUCUCCUGACUGUCGUUUUCAGUGUCGUUGUCGCUCUCUUGGAUGCCUUCCGCUUCAGCGCCAUUCUCAGAAGCCACUUCCUCCUCUUCCUCCUGAUUUUCAAUAUCCGAUGAACUCUCCUCAUUAUUACUCUCGUUAUCAGAAGAAUUUUCUACAUUUUGGUAGCCUUUUUCCUUUUCUAUUAAAUCACUUAACAACGUUUUGUUCUUGAUUAAACCUUUAUCGAUUCCUAACUCUGCAAGUCCAUCUAGAAACGUAUUCAGCGCACGAGGUUUGGUAACCUCAUUGUUAUAAGGGAGUAACACAUACUCAACUAGCUCAGCGAUGUUUGUGACGGGAAUAGUGCGUCUAUUUCGAAGUAAUUGUCUGCUGGGGGUCCAGAAAAGAAUAUCUUUGGACGCAGCCAUACUACGCAGCAAAUCAGAAGCACGCUUUUCCGGCACUGCUCGGGAAAGAUGACUCAAAACAUCUUUUAUUCUCGGUUCUUCUUUUAUUCUUGGUUCUUCAUCCUCGCUUUCAUCACCAGAACUUUCGCUUUCUUCAUGUUCACUCUCUUGUUCUUCUUCUUCUUCAACCAAAUCUAUCUUUCUUUUCAUUUUGAUGAGUACUCGUGACAGACUUAGCUUCGAAUGAGCAACCUAGCGAUGUGUCACCUCUUUUAUAGGAUUAGAAAUCCUAAGCUUGAAACGACGGGGGCUAAUACAUCUUCAAUAAAACCACUACCCUCUUGAACAAGGACUCGCUUCUUUGUUUUGAAAGGGACAUUUGUACUGGCCAGGUUAAGUAAAGCAUCCUUAUAUGGCAGCAAUACCCGCUUAUUUUCUUCGGAGAUGGGAAUGUGUCCCAUGAGUAAAUUGUAUAAGACUUGGACUAGUGCAUGAAGUUGCUGUGGUGUAGCUGUCUUUAAAAGAAACUGGCGCUGAUAAGCAGGGCAAGCAGCUAACAGCUGAAGAAAACCACGAUUGUUGUUCACUACACGAGACAUUGCUACAAAAUGAACUAAGAAUGGCAGUUGGUGGUCUUUUAUAGAAUCUGGUGGAAGGAAAAACAAUAGAAAUGUGGUGGCGGUGGAGGUGGUGGUGGCGGGAAAACAAUAGAAAUGUGGUGGCGGUGGUGGUGGCGGUGGUAGUGGUGGUGGGAAAACAAUAGAAAUGUGGUGGCCGUGGUGGUGGUGGAGGGAAAACAAUAGAAAUGUGGUGGCGGUGGUGGUGAUGGUGGUGGUGGUGGUGGGAAAACAAUAGAAAUGUGGUGGCGGUCGCGGUGGUGGAGGGAAAACAAUAGAAAUGUGGUGACGGUGGUGGAGGAAAGAAAACAAUAGAAAUGUGGUGGUGGUGGUAGUGGUGGUCUUGGGUGAGGAAAACAAUAGAAUCUUGUGGUCUGAAAAACUAUAUAAAUGCGUAACAUUCUACCUCCUUCUCAGUCUACAUUUUGCUCCUGAGGAGUUGACAUGAGUUGGUUCUGUUCUGUCUGCGAAAAAUCCUUUAGUAGAAAAGAUAGUAUGCAAAGGCACGUGAUGUCUAAACACCGCAAUGCUGGUCUCACCCCAUUUCAAGCAGUUCCAAUAUUUUCACAGAAAUGUCAGCGGUUUCGCUUCGAGCAUCCUUUCACCUCCAUGAUUGCCGGAAUGACCGGGUCCGGAAAAACGGCCUGGGUUCGAUCGCUAUUGCAACAAGCUUCAGAGACCAUUUACCCUCCCCCGGAGAGGAUCGUUUGGUGUUAUUCACAAUGGCAGCCUGCGUAUACACAAAUGUUGAAUUCGUUAAGGGAAUUCCUACGGCUUUGGAGCAAGAUUCCUAUUUUGAUGUGAACAAACGGAAUUUGAUCGUGUUUGAUGAUCAGAUGAUUGACGCCAGUAAAGACAAGCGAAUUGUGAACCUCUUUACUCGUGGUUCUCAUCAUCGCAAUCUGAGCGUGAUUUAUAUCGUGCAGAAUCUAUUUCAUCAGGGGAAAGGUAGCCGCAGCAUAAGCCUGAACAGCCAUUAUCUGGUGUUAUUCAAGAAUCCACGAGACAAAUUGCAAAUCUUGACUCUGGCGAAGCAAAUGUAUCCUGGGCAGACUGAUUUCUUUUUAAAUAAGUACGAAGAGGCUGUAAAAAGACCUUUUGGUUAUCUUCUGAUUGAUCUGAAAACUACUACCCAAGAUAAUUGUUGGUUGCGAACAAACGUCCUGCCCAGUGAAGAAGGCUUUAACCAAGCAGGGUUUCAAGAAAAUAUUCCUCAAGAGCUCCUAAAAUAUCUGAAGCAGCAAACUCUUUCGCCUGUCCCACUUCUUCCAGCUAUGCAAGAAAUACAGGGCGACAUGGAUGACGUGCUUUCUCGAAACGAUCUUCGGGACGAUCAAAAAGCUAAGCGAUACGUUCAGUUGCAAAACAGAUACCUGGCUUUUAAAGAACAAUUGAAUACAAGAACACGUCCGGAAGAAAUAAUCAGUACUGUUCCAGACUUAACAUCAAGGACACAAGAUUCUUCGACAGCAACGACAGCAUUCUCGACUCCCCUCAACCCCUUUAAUGUAACACCUGUAUUAACACAAGCGGCUAUCUCUCAAAAAGCUGACAAAGAAAGCCUCACCCCUCCACCACCCUUUAAUUCUGCUUUCCUGACCCCUCCUCCCACAGUAGAAACCCCAUCACAACAAGGCCCGAAGCGCAAAAGGCGUCGGAUUCAAUUUCUAAAUUAUUUGGAUGAUCAUAAAUCUCAUGGCAAACAGCUGAAGAAACGUCGGCAUAAGACAUUCAAACCUUACAAGUACUCCAUGGGCGAAGAAGAAGGAAUUAAUUAAUUUCCAUUCUUUACAAAUCGCUGUGUAUUUGACUCUUUUUGUCAUUGUUUUUUAAUAAAUUUUUUUAAAACGAUAUCUCUCCUGUGUUUUUAUUGCUAGCAGUUAUGAGUCGCGUGUUUUAAUUGAUGCUUGUUAAGUUAUUUGUUUUAUAAUAAUACGUCAAGGUUGCUCCCUGGGGUCUAGCUGUAGAGCUAAUUUGUAUUCAGCUUUGGGCUUGUGAACUCGCAUAAUUAACUGAUUAACCGUGCGUGAAAAUAACAAGACUUUAAUAGUUUUUCAUUUCCUCGAGAUAGAACGGAGAAAACGUCAGACAAAAUUGAAAUAGGGUUUUCAGUUCUACUUUGUGUAUUUUGUUUAUAUAUAUCCGAGUUUUAGAGCUCAAUAAGAAGACAUAAACUAAACGGAAAUAAAGACUUUUCAACUCCACUUUGUGCACAUGUGUUUUGUUUAUAUAUCUGAGUUUUAGCGCUAAAUAAAAUAUAGGAAGCCGUUUCUCGCGUUGCUAGGUGAUCGCUUCUCUUAUUCCUAUUUUCCUUUUAAUAGACUGUCCGAAAACCGAGCUCAAGUUACUUCACGGGCAAGUCUAGGCAAGCCUAUUGUAGUAGAGUGACGCUCAUUAGUAAACCUAUCCACUUCAUUAUAUAUGGAGGAAGACACUUAAUUAGUAUGCAGGAAACCCAAAUUAGUAUGCAGGAAGACACUGACUAGGCACUUAAUUAGUAUGGAGGAAGGCACUUUUUCCCAGGUUAUAACAAUAGGUGACGUCAUUGACUAAACCAUAUGCCUAUUAAUUAAGGGAAUCCACUUUCUGCGAGGGAUCAAAAGGGAAUCCACCAACGGGGUUAAGUUUGCUGAAGCCCUACUACUGCAGUUUUUUUUCAAAGACCAACGAAAGACGAUAGAAGCGAGUUUGAGCCAGACACAAUAAUGUCCAGUUUUCAAAAGACUCUGGCGUCACAUUAACGAGUAAAUACUUACAGUGCUCUUAGUUUCCACCGAAUAAACUUUGAAAUAUGUAUGUAAACCCUGAGGACUGGGAUGUUGACUUUGCCUUUCCAAAUUUUAGCCUAGCUUUGUUUUAUUGAGAACGAAGCUGUUGUAGAAACUGAAUCGUAACCUUACCGAGGAAGAGAAUUCUAGUCAGUGUUUGAAAAUUUUAACGCCGAUCACAAUUGAAGACGAAAAUGAACUGGCAGAAAGGGAGGUUUUCCCAAAAACAAUUAACGAGCGAAUCCUUCGACAAUGACAACAAACUUACCUUGAAAAGCUUCUUUGCGUUUUGCAAUGUUUUUCACAAGGACAAACGGUGGAAAGAUGGAAACGACUUCUAGACAGACACAGUGUCCAUUUUCCAAAAUACUCCAGCGUUACAUUAAAGAGCUAAAGCUUACAGCGCUCUUAGUUUUGACCGGAUAAACUUUAGCGAAUUUGUUUUUACUUUCUCGGAAAACCUUUGUUAUGUGCUACUGUUUUCGUGCGCCAAUAAAAACUUUCUUUUCUGACACCUGUCAAAUGACUGUCAAAUAGUGCGUCCUGCAUUUGUUUCCGGUCCCCCAAAAAGGAAGAAGCCAUAUAAUAAACGUCUUAUUAGCCCCGUUUUUUCGUUCCGUACUGUAAAUUACGGAUCCUCGUUUUUUCCCAUCGAUUUAUGGCCCGCGCGCUUCGCGCUUGGGCCAUAAAUCGAUGGAAAAAAACGAGGAUCCGUAAUUUACAGUACGGACCGAAAACUCGGCUAAUAAGAGGUAUAUAUGAUACGAAAGCCGAAUUCAAUAAUUGUUUUAUUAUUCAUUCAAAAUAAUUCCUAGUUUAAAAACAUAGCUAAAACAUGCUUAGGCUCCAUCGAUGUUAAGUUCAUCUUCGAUAGUGUACAUUUAUCUUUGUCCAGCUCCGCAAAUAUUCUCCAAAUAGCAGAUGUCGCCCUCCGAGUUGUCUUCUUGCUGUUUUUGCUAUGUUUUUAGCUAUUAUUUCACCUAGUUCCAGCUGUAGUUCUUACUCUUGAAACGAGUGAGGUGUCGGCCAUUUUUUUUUUCACAACGAAAACAACUCAACCUCGUCCCCAGGUCUUCUCGGUUAACGGUGCAUUAACCCGUAGCGGGCUGCAUUUUUGACGUCAUUUCUUCGUUUAACACAAAAUUCUUCCAAAUUUGGUCAUCAGUAACUGGUUAUGGUGAACUAUGCGUGUUGCUUUUAGCCAAUCAGAAUCGGGGAAAUAUUUUGAAUGAAUAAUAAUUACGUUUAAAUGUAAAGACAUUUUCAGCCAAAAGGAAGUUCAAGGUGAACCUCAGCAAACAUGAACAUUGUUUGAAUGCGGGAUACGAGAAUACCUCCCCAGUUCGAUUACAUGACAAACAUGACGAAAACAUAACGCUAAAAGAGGUCGAGGGGGGAAAGAGAGACUAUUAGCUCGCGUUUUGAGUUUUGUUCGUUCUAGUGAUGACUCAACCAGGCGAAAUCGAUGGCGUAAUGAAGCAAAUGACUCAAAGCUUUAAUCCAGUGAUUCAAGAGACGAUGCGCAAUCCAACUGUUCUGAAAUGGUUGGUUGAAAUUCAUACUAUAUUUUUCUCGCGCAAUGUGAAUUUCGAAAAAAUUAUUAUCUCGCUCCUCGGAUGGCUCUCUUCGCGAGGAAUCAUUGACGUAAAGGUAACCGACAAUGAUAAAGCCAACCAUUUCAGAACAGUUGGAUUGCGCAUCGUCUCUUGAAUCACUGGAUUAAAGCUUUGAGUCAUUUGCUUCAUUACGCCAUCGAUUUCGCCUGCUUGAGUCACGACUAGAACGAACAAAACUCAAAACGCCCAUGGACUAGGCAACGGUCCACGUACAUUCACGUGGACCGUUGCCUAGUCCAUGGGCGUUUUCCCAGUCCCUCUCAGUCAAUUCACUUCGCUUGGACCACACGGCCCGAAACGCUUUGGCCGCGUGGAAUAAUGAGGCCUAGGGACUAGGGAACUUGGACCGCACAGCGCGGCAGAAACACGACUCACAUUCAUAUGCAACUCGCGACGCCACAAUCGAUGACGUCACUGUGACUGCCAAGCAGAUAUAUGAUAUAUUUGGUUGGCAGUCGCAGUGACGUCAUCGAUUGUGGCGUCGAGUUGCAUCAAGGUUUCUAGGCAACGCGACUUCCACUGGCUACAAGGCCAACAUGUUCGUUCAUCCUUUUUGAAAAAUGUUUACUGUUGGAGAAUCACGACCGAUUCUCGUCAUGCAAAUAAUGCAUAACGUCGUAAAGAGACUUCGCGACGGUCUCGCGUCAAGACACUUAUCGGCUUUGUCGGCCAUACAUGUAUAUUCUUCAAAUGUGAUGAAUUGAGUUCAAGUACGGCUUUUAUCUUCAAUACCCUGUUUAUUUUCCUCGAAUAUCUCUUUGAAUUCUUGAUAAGUACAGCUCCACCAGCUUCUGACUGCGUCUACCAACAGAAUUUUACGGCAAAAAAGCUUUAAAUAUUAUUAUUUCCCUCCCCGUUUUAUGGUUAUUUUGUUUUGUCUUUUUUUUAACCAUAUUGUUUUUACCUAUUGGCUGGUUUCAAUUGGCUGGUUUCAUUUCUAGUAGUAACAAUAAUCAGAUUAACAAAUAGAAAUGACGUCAUCGUACAAAUAGGCUAUUUUACUGUCUUCUGAAAGGAAAAUAUACAUGGUAACAAAUAUGUUAAUUAAAAUAUAAAAAAAAACAUGAAGUAUAUUUAAUCAUUUGAAAUUCUUAUUUCAUGUUUAUGUUUUGUUUUGUUUUGUUAGAAACCAGUGUUGGCAAAACCCCCAACGCGUUUAUCUUUUCUCUCAACAAUUUUGAAGGGCUGGCACCGUUUGUGAGCAGGGUAAAAACAGAGAAGAUAGGAUAUGCCGUCUUCGGGGGUUCAACUACUGGUCCAAUAUUUGGUCAGGACCUUUCCAUUUAUCUUACCCCCCCGUCUCGCAGGCAGUCAAACGUAGAUUUGGGCCAAUACUACUCUGUUCCAGCUUUAGUGAAGAACCAGGAGACAAUCCUGCUCGGGUAUCGCGGGACCUUCUCACCUGAUGAGAUGGAGGUAUUUUAUCUUGACCCAUCCCGCUAAAUGCAAGAUAACACGAACUGAGUUCAACUAAAAGCGAGAAGAUGCAUUUAAUUUAACCCAAACUUCCAAUCAAUUCCUU